AUGGGACGCAACCGACGCUCCGACUAUCCCCAAACCCCGAGGGGUGUCCAGCCGAAACCCCAACAAGGACCGAUGGACGGGUUUGUGCACUCCCAGAGGGGCCCGGAUAGAGAGGCCGAAACGACCGGAUCCGCGCCGCCAUCUCUGGCCUCGACGGCCGACACUGAACCAUCGGCCUUGGACCGCAUUGGAGAAGAACUGCGCAUAAUAGCGACCUCCAUGGCCACUAAAAGCGACUUGCUAUCGCACACAACUGCCAUACAAGAUGCCCUCCGGGUGGAAAUAGCUGGAAACCGGACAGAAGUUGGCGCCCAGGCAGGCUGCAUCCAAUCCCUGGAAACAGCUCUUGAAACACAGGCAGCUAGGAUAUCCACGGCGGAUACAGCGAUCUCCAGACAAGGAGAACUAUUACUCACCAUGAGACGAACCAUCGAAGAUCUGGACAACAGGGGCCGUCGCUGUAAUAUUAGAGUACGUGGGGUCCCUGAGACAGAUGGAGGUGAAAACGUAGAGGAGCACCUCUCAGGCCUAUUCAGGAACAUAUUGCAGCAGGAGGCACCGCCGCGCUUCAAAUUUGAUAGAGCGCAUAGAGCUCUGCAACCUCGCACACCAGAAGAAGGCCCAAGAGACUUAAUCUGCUGCCUCCACUCCUAUCAACUUAAGGAGGCCAUAAUGCAUAAAGCAAGGGAAAAACCCACGUGGCCCUACAUGGGCACCCAGGUUGCUCUAUAUAACGACUUAUCCCCUAUGACGCUGGAUGCACGGAGGGCGCUCCGACCGGUGACCUCCAUCUUGCGGGAACGCGACAUCACGUAUAGAUGGGGAUUCCCGUUUGCCCUCCUUGCACGCUCUGGGGAUGGAUGGAUCUCCGCUCGCCACCCCGAUGAAGUCCCGCACCUUCUAGAGGGGCUGGGCCUGCCGCCCACACCAGUCCCUAACUGGAUACUCGACCCGCUGGGCCCGAGACCCUGACCCCAGAGGGUGCCCCGGCAGCGCAGAGGAGGAAUCCCACCGGGGCCCCCACUGAGACGGCGCCCAGACCAGGGAGACCAUGCGGAGUGAGUACACCCACCGCCCCACUGACCCCAGCCAUCCUGACUGUUGCCAUGCCGGCCCCGGGUCCUGAGCGCCCCUCUUGGGGGGACAGCCCUACUCCCUCCUGGCCCAGUGGGCCUCCAUCACCCACACUGCAACCGGAUGGGAGGGAUACUACGGGACACUUUGGGAAGGGGGAUAUGGGAGAUAACUCAGCGCCAUGAGUACCCCACUUCAAGCCUCUGUCACGUAUCUGGGAGGAUGGUGAGAAUGGGACUCCCGGAAUGAGGUAAGCCACACCACUAACCCCUUAGACUCGGGGGCACUUUGGCACAGAUAUAAGGAAGAAGGGAACUAAACACAAAGGGGACCCUGACAACAGGGAGCAACUACAUGCCCUGGCAGAUUACAGCUACCCGGUGGCCCUACUGGCACAGAUUGCAUCACCUGGCCCCACACACCCAGGGGACUGUGGGGCUAGCUCCCUUCUGCCAAUUGCAGUGACAACUACGUCAUACAGUAACUGUGGGACCUUUUUGGACUUCAGUACAAAAAUAAUUUAAGCCAUAAUGUUUUAUCAGGAUGAUGCUCCUUAUGGGAAGGAGACUGACAGACACGACUGGAAUAUAUAACUCCUUCAAACACGUAGCUGGGAGAUAGCGGGUCACGGGAUUACCACGCAAUCGGGGUAGGGGGGAGAGGAGGAGAAUCACACACACACACUACCACCAUCAUCACCACCCUUAACACACACACACCUUAACGCCACCACCACAGCCACCACGACUCUACAAAUAACUAGAACUGUGGGGAACUCCAAAUGCAGAAGGAGGAUCACCCAGCCUUCCAAGACGGACAGGACCCUUAGUUGGGGAAAGGGCAGGUAGGGACAUCACAACGACAAUACCCCAAUAUCAGACACAACUCACACCACACGCGCCCCAACUAACACACAGCUGGAUGGGACCUCCCCAUACCAGACACACCGAAUAGCCUUGCCACUCAAGAGGGAGUACAUGCACACUUCACCACCCUGAGCCCACCCACGGGCACACAUAACUCCUAGCUGGAUCACAAACGUACUGGAUAAGGGAGGUGCACCGAGCAUAGCAGUGGGGGGCAUACUCUAUGCAACCCACGUGGAAGGGAAACAUACCACACAAAUUAAGAAGGGGGGCAUUGGACUCGGGACCGGCAGCUGAACGGGAUGGGGGGUGGUAUGAGGGGGGGACAAGGGGGGAAUUGAUUUGUUGUCAUUAUGUUGGGGCCUGUUUUGUCGAGCUCUCUAAUUGUUUCUAUGUUUCGUAUGGAAUGCUUCUCUGUAUGCACGUUACAAGCACCGCAGGGCGAAAUGGAGACUGACCACACCCUACUGACACACCUAGACGAAAUACACUUGGACGGUACUUAGGCCAUGUACCUCUACCCACACUCGUGCGCUAUCUCGAACGGUGGGACUCGGGGGGGGUGGGGGGGGCUGCAUCCCAGUCUGGAUACUGGAGCAGACCCACAGAGUGCCACACCAUAGCACGGGUUUCCUCUUUUAGAGGAUAGGACACGACUGAGAGGUUUAUCCCCACACCAGUUGUGACGCCCUUACUACAGGGCACUAACCUUAGCUCUUUCUUUGUCUUCUUGCUACUUUGCUUCCCUACCUCUCCCAGUUCCCUUUGACAUUCCCAUCCCCAUCCCUUUCCCCCCCCACACACACGCACCCGUCCCCAGAUCUCCUCUGGGUCAACUUGUCGUACUGAGCUCCCGCCAUUGUGCCGCUGGGCCCGGGCCCUCGCUGGACUCCCCUAGGAUAGCGGGGUAUGAGAGACCUGGGGGGAUACCAGCGAAACAACCGCGGAGAUUAGCUGCGGACCUGAUACAACCAUGGCAUACCAACCUGAUCCUAUAUCCGUUCUCACCCUCAACUGUAGAGGCCUAAAUAUCCCGGAACGCAGAGCCCACCUACUACGCGAUCUGGGGAGGAAACACAUCACAAUAGCACUGCUCCAGGAAACACACUUCCGAACAGGAGCAAAGCUGAAACUACAGAAUAAAUCCUACCCGAAGAACUAUUUCUGCAACCACCCGACACAUCGCAAAACCGGUGUGGCCAUCCUCUUAGCUUCAAAACUAGAAUUCCAAGAGAUUGACGUAAUGCGUGACCCUCAGGGUCGAUAUCUGUUUCUGAAGGGAUAUAUACUGAGCAAAACAUAUACAAUCGCCUCCAUAUACGUACCCAAUAGAAGACCGGCACAAUUUCUCACGAGCACCCUGAUGAAACUACAAAACUUCGCAGCAGGGACCCUCAUCUUAGGAGGCGACUUCAACGUGCCCCUAGAUCCUAUUCUGGAUUCGUCGACAGGCCAUAGCAGCAUAACAUACGGUCAAUUCGAAGAAUGUCGGGUGACCUGGAUCUGGUAGAAUGCUGGAGGACCCUCAAUCUGAACACAAAAGACUACACAUGCUACUCUGCACUACACAAUCGUUACUCCCGUAUCGAUUAUAUAUUCACAAGACAAAUUGGUCUCCCACGAUUGCGCUCAGCCAAUAUAGAGCCGGCCACAUGGUCGGAUCACGGAGCGGUUCACAUCACACUGGAAUCUCCACUUUUUAGACCUGCCAGAUGGACAUAGAUAGAAAUAUCUUGAAAUUUAGAUAACGCCAGACCUGAAGGACUUAUACCUCCACAACUAUAUCCCACUCCUCAAAACACUAACAACAGACCUGGUAAAGUGGUCAUACCCACAAAUCUCCUGGCAGGGAUGCAUAGCUGUCCUCAAAAUGAACAUCCUACCACGACUCCUCUACCCCUUACAGACGCUUCCGAUCGCCAUACCACCUUCAUUUUUUACCAAACUGAAGUCAGCAGUCCUGCAAUAUGUCUGGAGAGGGGAGCGCUCAAGACUCAAACACGACACAUUAUGCUUACCCAGACACUACGGAGGGUUAGCUCUACCCGACUUCAAAAAAUAUAACCAAGCCACAGUACUGCAACGUAUACUAGACUGGCAUACAAACCCUAAGCAAAAACAAUGGAUAGCCCUGAAUGCCGAAGGGAAUAAGGCAGCCUUACACUCUACUGUAUGGGAUACAAUGAGGCACACCUUAGCGCGCGACGAGAUGAAACAGGACCGGUGGCCCAGAUGUUACACAGUUGGAGACCACUUAGAGAGCAAAAACACAUAUCACUGACUCCAAGCCCUCUACUUCCAAUUACUUAUAACCGCAAAAUAGGGGGGGGAAUCCCCACACGAACAUCGCCAUUCUUGGAGGACCACGGACAUAUCCCUAUACAUACAGCUCUUCAGAAUGGGGGGUUACAGCCAUUGGAUUCGCUACUGAGCGGCAGACCUCGCACUAUACAGAUGAUACUCCGAUAUUUACAACUGAAACAUUUUUAUGACACACUCAGCAAUAGAGAGCGCUUACACCGAGAUCUCUGCAUCCGAAGUGCCAAUUUAAAGCUGCAGAACUGCUCCAAUACAAUUUAAAGGGGCAGCAAGUCUUUUAAAAUCCAAUCUGCUAAAAUAGUCUUUAACAGGCAAUAUCUUCCAAGGGCCAUAGUCUUAAAGGGGCAUUGUUCCCAAAAGUCACAGUAUGUCCCCAGAUGGUUCUUAAAGGGCCAGCAGCAGCAUGAUAAAAUACAAUAUGCCCAAAUACUGUAUUAAAAGGGCCAAAUCUCCUAGGGGCCAUAGUCAGCAGGCAGGAGGCGGGCAAACAGGCUUCUCCAAUGCCCAGUGGCGAGGUUGGUUUCGCCACACUUUCAUUAGUCCCUAGCCUUAUCUUAUAGUUAGGAUAGCCUUAUGCCUAUCCCACACAUGCUUAAACUCCUUUACUGUGUUAACCUCUACCACUUCAGCUGGAAGGCUAUUCCAUGCAUCCACUACCCUCUCAGUAAAGUAAUACUUCCUGAUAUUAUUUUUAAACCUUUGUCCCUCUAAUUUAAGACUAUGUCCUCUGGUUGUGGUAGUUUUUCUUCUUUUAAUAUAGUCUCCUCCUUUACUGUGGUGAUUCCCUUUAUGUAUUUAAAUGUUUCUAUCAUAUCCCCCCUUUCUCGUCUUUCCUCCAAGCUAUACAUGUUAAGAUCCUUUAACCUUUCCUGGUAAGUUUUAUCCUGCAAUCCAUGAACCAGUUUAGUAGCCUUUCUCUGAACUCUCUCUAAAGUACCAAUAUCCUUCUGCAGAUAUGGUCUCCAGUACUGCGUAGUGCCCAGAGUCUGUUGUUUUUAUUGCUCGGCCUACUAGGGGAUGUUGUUAUUUCUAAUGCACUAAAUUCUUCCGUUUUAGGGUUUAUUUCUAUUUAGGGUUUAUUUCUAUUUCUAUUUCUACUUCUCUUUUUAUCUAAGGGAGAACAUGGGCUGCAGGGUCAUCCUGGAAAACCUGGUCAGAGGGGAUUCCCUGGUUCUCAAGGUGAUCAAGGACAUAUUGGGGAAAUCGGACUGAAAGGACUUCCAGUAAGUAUCUGAUUACACCAGUAUUGGUCACAAUCUGAUGUCCCUGUGUGAUUAGAGAUAAGUGACACUCACACAGAUCGUAUUACAGGGAGAAGAUGGCGAUCAAGGUCUAAUGGGUUUCUCAGGUUUCCCGGGGCCAAAGGUAAGUUUCUAAGAACCAUCGAUAGUAGUUGGUUUAACUAACAGAAAUGAUCCAAUAGUCAUUUAUUUUAGUCUCUCUCACCCUCUCAUUGCAUGACUGUGUCUCUCCAUCUCUUAUUGCAUGCCUAUCUCUCUCACUCUCUCAUUCCGUGCCUGUCUCCCUCUUUUUUGUACCUGUCUCUCGCAUUAUGUGUCUUCCUCUUUCAUUCUCGCAUUAUGUGUCUGUCUCUCACACUACUCUAACUAAACAAAUCAUCCUUAUCUGUUUCUGUCACCCUCUCAGCCUGUGCCCCUUGUCUGUCUUUCAUCUCCUAUUCCAUGUCUAUUGCACUCCUAUUCCGUGUCUUUCUCACACUCCUAUUCCAUGUCUCUCUUUCACUCAUAUUUCAGGUCUCUCUCUCACUCCUAUUUUGUGUCUCUCUCACUCCUAUUCCGUGUUUCUCUCUCACUCUUAUUCCAUGUCUCUCACUCCUAUUCUUUCUCUCUCACUCCUAUUCUGCGUCUCUCUCACUCCUAUUCUGCGUCUCUCUCACUCCUAUUCUGUGUCUCUCACUCGUACUCUGUCUCUCUCACUCAUAUUCUGUCUCUCUCACUCAUAUUCUGUCUCUCUCACAUUCCUACUCCGUGUCUCUCUCGCAUUCCUAUUCCUUUUCUCUCACUACUAUUCUGUGUCUCUCUCACUCCUAUUCCGUUUCUCUCUCACACACCUAUUCCUUGUCUCUCUCUCAUGCCUAUUCUGUGUCUCUCUCUCAUGCCUAUUCCGUGUCUCUUUCACAUUACUAUUGCGUGUUUCUCACUCUUCUUCUGUUUCUCACUCUCGUUCCUUGUCUCCUACUCUUAUGCCGUGUCUCUCAAUCUUAUUCCGUGCCUCUCACUCAUAUUCCGUGCCUCUCACUCAUAUUCCGUGUCUCUCUUGCACUCCUAUUCCGUGUCUCUCCCACACUCUUAUUCCGUGUCUCUCUCUCACUUCUAUUUUGUGUCUCUCUCACUCCUAUUCUGUGUCGCUCUCACCCUUGUUCUGUGUCUCUUACUCUUAUGCCGUGUCUCUCACUCUUAAUCCGUGCCUCUCAUAUUACAUGUCUCUCUUGCCAUUUCUAUUCCAUGUCUCUCACACUCCUAUUCCAUGUCUUUCUCAUACUCCUAUUCCAUGUCUUUCUCAUACUCCUAUUUCGUGUCUCUCUCACACUCCUAUUCUGUGUCUCUCUCACACUCCUAUUCUGUCUCUCUCACACUCCUAUUCUGUCUCUCUCUCACUCCUAAUCCGUGUCUCUCUCACACUCCUAUUCCGUAUCUCUCUCACACUCCUAUUUUGUGUCUCUCUCACUCCUAUUCUGUGUCGCUCUCACUCUUGUUCUGUGUCUCUUACUCUUGUUCUGUGUCUCUUACUCUUAUGCCAUGUCUCUGACUCUUAUCCCAUGCCUCUCACUCAUAUUACGUGUCUCUCUCGCACUCCUAUUCUGUGUCUCUCACACUCCUAUUCCGUGUCUCUCUCACACUUAUAUUGUGUGUCUUUCUCACACCCCUAUUCCGUGUUUCUCUCACACCCCUAUUCCGUGUUUCUCUCACACCCCUAUUCCGUGUUUAUCUCGCACUCCUAUUCUGUGUCUCUCUCACACUCCUAUUCUGUCUCUCUCUCUCUCACUCCUAUUCCCUGUUUCUCUCACACUCCUAUUCAGUGUCUUUCUCACAUUCCUGUUCCAUGUCUCUCUCACACUCCUAUUCCAUGUCUCUCUUUCAAUCAUAUUUCAUGUCUCUCUCACUCCUAUUUUGUGUCUCUCUCACUCCUAUUCCGUACUUCUCUCUCACUCCUAUUCUGUGUCUCUCUCACACUCUUAUUCUGUGUCUGUCUCACACUCUUAUUCUCUCUCUCUCACUCGUAUUCUGUCUCUCUCACACUCCUACUCCUUGUCUCUCUCACAUUCCUAUUCCGUGUCUCUGUCACACUCCUAUUCCGUGUCUCUCUCACACUCUUAUUCCGUGUCUCUCUCACACUCUUAUUCCGUGUCUGUCUCACACUUAUUCCACGUCUUUUUCACACACCUAUUCCAUGUCUCUCUCUCACUCCUAUCCUGUGUCUCUCUCACACUUGUUCUGUGUCUCUUACUCUUAUGCUGUGUCUCUCACUCUUAUUCCGUGUCUCUCUCUCACACCUAUUCUGUGUUUCUCUCACACUCCUAUUCUGUGUCUUUCUCUCUCACUCCUAUUCUGUCUCUCUCUUACUCUUGUUCCGUGUCUCGUACUCUUGUUCCGUGCCUCUCACUCCUAUUUUUCUCACACUCAUAUUCCAUGUCUCUCGUUCUCUAAUUCUGUGCCUCUCACUCUUAUUCCUGUCCCUCACUCUUAUCUGUAUCUCUCUCACUCCUAUUCUGUGUCACUCUAACUAUUAUUCUUUUUCUUCUUACUUUAUAUUUCCUUUAUUUUUGUUCUUUUUCUAAUAAUUUACUAUGUGAAUUUUUAGGGACCUAAUGGUGACGUGGGUGCCGUGGGCAUUCAUGGCCCAAAAGGACCAUCCGGGCAGUUUGUAAGUGAAGUUUCUUUUAUUUAUUUCAUUCAAAUCUACAUUAUGGUCCGGCAUCAGCAAUCAAUCAAUAGACUUUUUGUCUGUAUCAGUCAUCAUAGCAAUACCAACCCACAUUUCCAUAUCUAUUCUUCUUUAUAAAAAUUUUAUUGAUUUAAAAAAAAAUUCUGCCUAUGUCAAGCUCAAUAGACUGCAGAAAGAACGUGGCACUGGUUGCUGAUUACAACACAGGUUGAUGAUACAUAUAGGUGACAGGUGUUUCAGAGGGAGAAUGCAAUCUAUAUUUCUAUCACAAUUACUUGGCCAGUGGGUGGCUGACUGCCGAAUGCUCUGCUCUCCAGGCGUUCAGCAAUUCUGAAACAGACUACUUUGGCGCUGCCUCUUCUUAUGAUACAAUGCAUAUUAUUAUUAUUACUGGUAUUUAUACAGCGCCAUCUUAUUCCGUAGCUCUUUACAAUAUUAUCAAAGGGGGAGAUUUAUCAAUAAAUGAGACAAUUACAAAAACUUACAGGAACAAUAGGUUGAAGAGAGCCCUGCUCAAACGAGCUUACAGUCUAUAGGAGGUGGGGCGUAAAACACAACAGGGCAGGAGAUAGCGAUCAAACAAGGUGGAGUGAAGCAGAGCUGGAGGAGAGAAUAGAGUGCUGCCCUUUAGGAGAGAGAAAAGGACAGGUAUGUGAGGUAGAUGUUACUCUGGCCAUAAGCUUUCCUAAAGAGAUGGGUUUUGAGGCACUUUUUAAAUGAUUGAAGACUAGCGGAGAGCUUGAUGGUCGUAGGCAGGCUAUUCCAUAAGAAGGGAGCCAGUGGAGAGACCGAGAAGGGGCAUACCUGCGGAUCAGUGAAGAGAUAUAGGAGAAGCUAGAAAUGGUUAGUGCUUUAUAGGUGUGGAUUAGUACCUUGUAUUGACUCCUAUAGGAUACUGGAAGCCAAUGUAAGGACUGACAGAGGGGAGAGGUGUGAGAGGAGCGACAGGAGAGGAAAAUCAGUCUGGCGGCGGCAUUCAUUACAGACUGUAGCUGUGCAAUACGACUUGUGGGAAGACCAAUUAGGAGAGAGUUACAAUAAUCCAUGCGAGCGAUUACUAGAGCAUGGACAGGCUCCUUAGUAGUAUCUUACAUAAGAAAGGGGCGGAUGCGGGCUAUGUUUUUUUAGGUGGACCAAUGUCAUUAUGCGAAUGAAGCAGAUGUGCAUCUUUUCCACCACCCCCUUAUGGUUGUAACGCUAAGCGCUCACUCGAUUAAUAAGGUGCUCACACACUAUUAAAAGUGUUUAUGCUUUAGUCAGUGCCCUGUUGUGGGUCCUUAUUGUCCCUAUAGUGCAUCUUGUAUUCUCAGUGUUUAUAUUAGUUUUGAUUUGGCUUGUGUUCUGACUACUCUGAUAUCCUUGACCUGGCUAUUGUCUCUUGAUCUCCUGUCCUCUGGUUCCCUGGAUUGCUGGCUAUUUCCCGACUAUUUUAUCUUGGCUAUGUUAAGCCUAUUCAUGCCAACGUCCAGUACUAUGUUCUAUUUGAGUGUGGGUGACACUUUGAGUCGGGGUUUAUACUGUGACAUUUUCCCAGCGUUGCGUUUUUUUGUGGACCAAAAAAACACUUAACAUUCCCAAGGCACAGCUUGUUUUAUUCAUUGACAAAUGUUAUUUUUGCAGCUCUUACCUUAGCCUCGAUUUAAGAUUGUUGGAUAGCUUUUCAAAUGAUCAAUAUCUGUUAGAAAACAAUUUCAAAUGAUUUAUCAACAGAAGUCACCAUUAAAGUAUGCGGGAUGUUUUGUAGAUAAAUCAUUUUGAUUGUGAUCAUUUGAAAAGCUUAUAAAACAUACUAACUUGAAGUCAAAGUCGUGAUUUAAUUUGUUGGAUACGUUUUUUUAAAAUGAUUUAUAUUUAUUUUUGGAUAAACUGUUUAAAUGAUUUAGUAUUAUAAAAAUAUUUUAACUUUGUAUUAUUUAGAUUUUUUUGUAUUAUAUGUAUACAUUUGUAUGUUGUUGGUUGUUUUUUUUUUCCAUUUGUUCAUUUGUAAGUUGUACGUUUAUAUAUAUAUAUAUAUAUAUACACACACAUUUGUAUAUAUAAUGUUUUAAAAAUGUUUUAACAAGUUAAAAAAGUAAUCUACUAUGGUCCUCUGUGCACUUAAUCAAUUCAUCUUAAUGAAGUGGUUUUGGUCAAAAGAGCUUGCCCAUUUUCUUGGGCCAUGGUAACAAAGCACAUCUCUCGUGACUACUGACUGAGGCCACUAGUAGCAUUUCCUGAAUGAAGACCUUUGAUUUUUGAAGUUCUCCACUUUGACAUCAUCACACACAUCAUGAUGAUGCCGAUCAUGUCCAGUGCUUCUGAAGAAGCACUGGAUUCAGUCCUUGUCUGUGAGAAGCAUCGAUUAGGACCAAAGACAUUAGAACUGAAAACUCAAUCAUAGGCAGAGCGGCUGCAACAAGGAGACUGUCCCAAGGCUGGAUUACAGGUAUGUUGUUGUUUUUUUUUUUUUAUUACUUUUAUUUUUUUUUAAUUUUAUUUAAACAAGGGAGUCCGUAAAAUAAACUAAGAAGGAAACAGUCUAAUGUUAAAAAUUAGUAUGUUUAUUUUUAAUGUCGGAGAGUUCCUUUAAGGAUGACAUUUAACCUAUUACAACCCUAAAGACAAAGCAAUUGUGGCACAGUUUGAAGUGGUUUGUGGAUCCAGAAUCCCUCUCCCCACCUCUUUCAUCCAAACUGACCAUUUCAAUUCCUAUGCAAGAGAAAUUACAUAACUUAUUUUCCAGGCAGCGAUUACAGUGGUUUAUACAUCUUAUAUAUUAUCAAAGUGUUCCAUUAACCAUUUUUUUUUUUUUUUACUUCCUGUCCUCCCCACAUAUUUUUGCCCCUCAACCACAAUUAUUACUAUAGGAGUACACAUGUGUUGAGUAGUGGAGGCUCAUCUGAAGGGGAACUUGUGGUAGCGCCUCACCAGGUUUUGUGUGGGGAAAAGAAUAUUUGCAGUAGUUUAGAAAUACUAAGAUUCUUUUUCUGGAAGCCAAAAGAAAUAUGGGAACAAUGUGUGUCUAUUUAAUUCUGUAAUAUAUGUUUCAGUUUUGCAAGGCCUCUCCCCCCCCUCACCUCCACCCCCAAUUGGUAGCUGUUUGGAGAAGCUUACGUGAGAACAUCUAGGUAGUUUUAGUUUUUUAAAAAUGGGGCUGGUGUUCCUAUGUUUAUUCGUUAAACCUGCCCUGUUUUAGUAGGUUUUGCACAUGCCUAGUGUGCUUUAAGAAAGAAAUUCAGGAAUUUACAUUGAGCAUGUCAGCAAAAGAAACACCUGGAUAAAUAUUUUAAUACUAAAUCUAUUCAGACAUCAAGAGAUGAAUACAAGUUACGUUAUACCUCUACCAUUACUAGAGGUGCUCAGAGUGGUUGCCAUUAAUGUCCAGACACUUAGAAGAACUGCUGUGUUGCUCAGGCAAAGUUUCCUAACGUUUCCAGUGGAAUUGCUGCACAUGCUUACAUUUUUUCAGUCAGUGUAGCUGGUUUUCUGCAAUACAUAACAUCCUUUAGGGUUCCCCAUAAGUAAAAGUCGAGACGUAUUAAAUCAGGAGAGAGUGUGAGGAACUCGACUGCACCUCUUCAUCUUUCCAGUAUCCCUGCAAAUUUUCAUCCAGGUAAGCUCGCACAUCUCGGUGGUAGUGUGGUGUUGUGCCAUCUUGUUGUAAGAAAAAAAUCAUCAUUUCCAUAAAGUGCAUUAAUGGUAGGUAAAAUGGAUGUGCAUAGCAUGUCUAGAUAUACUUGACCAGUAACAGUAUCUACAAAGAAAAAUGGUCCUAUUAAACCCGUCAAUGACAAUGACAGAGAUUGAGCCCCAGUAAAUUGACCACAUGACCGUAUGGAUUUCUGGUGCCCAGUAAACACAAUUUUAUCAAUUCAAUGUCCCAGUUAAAUUUUGCUUUAACAGACCAACAAUCUUACUCACAAACUCCUCAUGCUCACGUACCACCAUGUGUUGAACCCACUGACAAUACUAGAUUCUUCGAUCAGGAUCGUCCUUGUAACAGAACUAUGCUUUUGCCCAUGCUUUUUGCCUGGACUUAGAUAACAAUGCUGCUGGAUGUAUUACACAAAAACCGAAUGGCUAUUUUCGUGGAAAUAUUCCUACUGGAGAAUACAGCUCAAAAUACCGAACAUCGGACCACCCAGGGGAACAGUUAAUUGGUAUUUUACCUCCCAGCACUUGUGGAGCCGUUCGCAUGGUUCAUACAAAUUCCUUUGUGCUCAGGUUAGAUGGCCGCCAUUUCGGGACUUUACACUUGUUCGCGGCCAUCUUACGCACGAACAGCGGUGUUUGCCUGUGAACGCAUGGAACUAAAAACGGAUACGCAAACAGGCGAACACCGCUGAGACCUCCAGGAGCUCGUAAGUUCGUGCUGGAACUACCGAACAACCGGCCGUUCGGUAGUUUUGUUUAAGCUCUCAUAGGGAUUCCAGCGAACACCAGGAUGACUGUGGAUGGCAAGGGGUUCGUGGGGUUUUAAUGCACGACCGACCGCAAGGCCAAAACUUAUGGAACUCUUUUCGGCUAGAAAACCUGUGCGGUCAGUCAAAACUUCAAAGAUCCAUAACUCCCGAACCCCUCAACCGAAUGGGCUGAAAUUUGGACAUAUUGUUCCCCUGAGUGAGAGCUAUCAAGCAGUGCUGGACUUAAAGGUGUACCCCCUGUUUUUGGGGUACAUCCAGAAUGUGGUUAAAAUUGUGUCUGUUUUAAUUAUGUUAUAUGUUAUCUGAGGGGAGGAGACGUGGGGGUUGAACCAUGUAUCUAAUUGGCUGUUGUGUUAAUUAUGUGGGUUUAGCCUUUCAGAGGGCACCAUUGCAUAAAAGGAGACCCCUGUCAAUAAAUAUCAGUUCUACUUGACCCUUCAAAACGUAGCCUUGUCUCGUUCUUGGAGGGGAUUUAUGGUACCGUUACUCUGCCUCAUUUUACAGCACUGCCGGAUUAUACACUUGGAUAUCGUGGAUGGGAAUAAGAACUCCAUUACUUCACAGCAGCUUGCCUAGAAAAGGAUGUCUCCAACGGCAGAUACCCCUCUCCAGCUGGGUAGCCGUUACAGUCCUCAUUCAUGGCAUGUAAUAAUCUUAAACUUUACGAAUGUGCCGUAUGCUUGUACUGCUAACUCCUGUCUCACAUGCACAUUGUGUGGUAGACUUCUGUAACGGACCGUUUUGCACACAAGGGGUAAAACCGUUUAGGCGAACGUCCCCUUUCAGAGAUGCAGGCACAGCUAUUGUAACACACCAAACUCACGAACCGCCAAUAAGGGAAUGCUCCAAUCUCCCGAACUGCAUACAACAUAGCACUUCAAACUCACGAACUGGAACCAUACGAAUAGCUGCUAGCAGACGAAUAGGAAAAGCAUCCAAGCGGCUUACACUCCUAGCAAUCAGUCUCUAUCAGCAUUCAGUAAAUCCCCCAAAAGACGAGACAAGGCUCCGUGUUGAGGGUCAAGCAGUGGUCUGUUUAAUGAGGGCUACCUGCCCAGUAUUUAUGCAGGUCUCCCACCUGGUGGACACUCCCCUAGGGGACCAAAUGGGAGACUGUAACAAAGGACAGACAAGUAGACAAAUAGGACACACAGUCACAUUGUAUUCCCACAAUGCAUCCUGGCUUCCUCCCCUCUGCCCUGGAGAUAAUUGAGAAGUAAUUAAAUUAUCUCCCAGGACAAAGGCAAAUCGCCAUUAUGCACGUGGGGAUACUAAAACAAGAAUUACUAUUAAAAUGCAAUAUGUGACACAAGUUACAUUAAAACCAUACAUUUAACAUGAAUCCAAGUUAGCCAAUUGUAAUAUAGGAUAUCAAAAUAUGACACCUAUAAGUUUGAACCUUGGAAUCAAAGUAAAUUAUUUCACAACACACUGCACCCCUCACACACAUACACACUACUGUCCCUAUCCCAGUAGAUUCCAGGUAAGUUAUCAAACUGUUUUUUAAAUGGUUUGACUACUUACUCUGGGAGGCACCACAGCACUCCUACAGAGAGCUGUAGUGGUUAUUGUGCCUCGAUUGUUUCUUUAAAUGAUCUGCCAGUGCCCCAACCGAGAUUAGGUUCUAGAUCCGCCACUGGUACGAGGUCUACCAGAUCUUCCAUUGUGUACCUCACACACUGUACCAUGGGUUACAAACUUAUCUCAAAUUCGUGAAAUUGUCAGGUGUAACGACAUAAACGACAACCAUGCCUUGCCCAUUUUGUCUGACUGUCCCCAGUUACAUGUUGAUGCUAGCGUCAUGCUGGUAACAGCAUCUUUUGAGAUGGGGUCUCUGAGGACCUCUUCCAAUGGCCCAAGCUGGAGCUUCGAGUCAGGCAUCGAUACCUCUGGCUGCAGUGGCGUACACAUAAUCCAUGGGGCCCCGGUGCGAAAAUUGAUCCGUGGGCCCCCCUCCACCCCCCCCCCCCCCCGUGAUUUUCACAGUGAGAGCACGCCAGCGUCCAUAGGAAAGCAUUAUGAAUGCUUUCCUAUGUAACCGGCUGAAUGCGCGCGCACGCAUACAGCCGACGGGGAGGAGGAUCGGAGGAGGAGAGCUCUCCGCCCAGCGCUGGAAAAAGGUAAGUUUUACCCCUUUUCCCCUUUCCAGAGCCGGGCGGGAGGGGGUCCCUGAGGGUGGGGGCACCCUCAGGGCACUAUAGUGCCAGGAAAACGAGUAUGUUUUCCUGGCACUAUAGUGGUCCUUUAAAGGACCACUACAGACACCCAGAUCACAUCAGCUCAAUUGAAGUUGUCUGGGUGUCAGGUCCCUCUAGUUUUAACCCUGCAGCUGAAAACAUAGCAGUUUCAGAGAAACUGCUAUGUUUCACUGAGGGUUAAUCCAGCCUCUAGUGGCUGUCUCACUGACAGCCGCUAGAGGAGCACACUGAACGUCCAUAGGAAAGCAUUGAGUAAUGCUUUCCUAUGGGCGGUUUGAAUGCGUGCGCGGUCGCAUUCGGAGCUGAGAGGCUGAGGGAUCCUCAGCGCCAAGGGAGUCCGGCGCUGGAGAAAGGUAAGUGCUGAAGACACACACACUCUCACUUACAGACGCAUACACACUAGCUAACAGACACACACAUUUACUGACAGAGACACACUCAGCGACAGACAUACAUACACACUCACUUACAAAACAUACACUCUCAUUGACAAACACACACUCACUAACAGACAUCAAACAGACUCACUAACACACACUCAGUAAGACACACACAGUAACACUCACUAACACUCACUAGCAGACACACAUUAACACUCACACUAACACUAACUAGCAGACACACACACUAACACUCACACUAACACUCACUAGCAGACACACACACACUAACACUCACUCUAACACUAACUAGCAAACACACACACUAACACUCACUAGCAAACACACACACUAACACUCACACUAACACUCACUAGCAGACACACACACUAACACUCACACUAGCAGACACACUAACACUCACACUCACACUAACUAGCAGACACACACACUAACACUCACACUAACACUCACACACACACUAACACUCACUCUCACACUAACACUAGUUUUUUUUUUUUUAUGUAAUCCCCCCAGCCUCCUUACCUUUUGGCGUGCUGGGGGGUUUCCCUGGGGUCCAGUGGUGCUGCUGGGCUCCUGGGUGGGCGGGCGGGUGGCCGGUCGGGCAGGCGGGCGCGCGAGGGAGCACUCAGUGCUUCCUCUUCAGCUCCCUCGCGCCGCGUAGGGAUGCCGGAGCCGGAAGAUGACGUCAUCUUCCGGCUCCGGUAUCAGUGCGGUGCGCGUGGGAGCUGAAGAGGAAGCACUGAGUGCUCCCUCGCGCGCCUGCCUUCCCGACCGGCCACCCGCCCGCUUGCCCGGUGACAGCAGGGCCAGCCUCGGGGGUCCUGGGGUGGUCGGCUACUGGGCCCCCCAGGGGAAGAGGCUGGCCCUGUGGCUACAUACUGGGUCACAGGGGCGGCCGGGCCCCCUGGUGGGCCGGGCCCGGUCGCAGCCGCGACCCCUGCGACCCUGGUAUGUACGCCACUGUCUGGCUGCCUAACAACCAAGGCUGCCUCCCUGCUUCAAACCCUGUCCAUCUGAGUCAUGUGAACGUGAUGACAUUGCAAUCACAUGACUCGGAAUUGGCAGAAUACAUCCCUGCCUGCAGGGGGACUGCCUGGAUUGUCAGGCAAAUCUCCUAAAAAAUAAUGAUAUAACAUAAUUAAAUAUGCAAUGAAGAGGGCGGGGCCUGACCGCAAUGGAGAGCAGACGUGCUUUGGAGGAGCUCUUCUAUGGCCCAGCAACUAAAAGCAUGAUUAAACAUAAAAUAGCUCAAGACUGGGCAAACCAAGCGAAGCCCCUUGCCUCCAACUCUCCGACUAAGCGAAGAAGCGGACAAAGACCUGUUGGGAAACAUGUAGCUCCACCUUGGCUGUUGCGGCCUGGUGCACGCUGGGCGGGGGUUGCGGCCGAACCCCUGGACCGGAGAAGCCAGAAGGAUGCCACAAGUCGGGGCCCCAUUGCUCCCCCCUUUUGGACCGGGGGGCUGAUCACGGUCCACCCCAGGAAGGUUACCCUGCUCACACAGAAGCGCGCUGGGCGACAGGGGAAAGCGGCAUAUCACCAAACAUGGCGGAUGCGGUGUGGCCUCCACGAACCAGUGCUGACCAAGACGACAUUCUCACCAGGCUAGACUGGCACUUCACGAAUUUUUGGCGGCAACUGGAACGGCGGAUGAGAUGUCCUGCCCCUCCACCAGCGAAUACUCACCGCAUACCACGAAAUUCCCCUCCCAAGCCCUCAGCUCCACCAGCGGAUAAAGUCUCUACAUGGCAGCGCAUCAAGUACCGUACUUCACCCAGAUGCAAAGCGGCACCACGGAAGCCACACAGGGGAAUACAAAUAAGGUCACAGUCGCAGCCAGAGAAGUGGAAAGGGACCCCAAAAGCGACUAAAGAAUCGACCUACCUGCACGCAAUCAGGGGCCUUGCCAUGCAGUGUGACUACUCAAAGUGGGACUGUGCUGUACCCCUGGCUGGCAUAGGCUGACCGGGGCUCCGGGACUGAGCUGUGAGUAAGGCCUUUGGCCGCUCGCUAUCACAACAUGGCGGUGCUGGGGCUUAUCAUAUGUAUACACUGUCAGAAACCCCAGUAUUAUCUACCAGGCUUAACUACCACACGCACACCUAAUGGGGGUUGCCUCCUGGGGGCAUACACUAGAACACAUCUUACUGUUUAUACUGUUUAAACCCUUACCUUAGGCCUAACAAACUAUUACUAUCAAAUGGGCAGACCACACACACCAAUCCUCAGCCCAUCCGCGAUAUACAUUAACUCUUCCAAGACAUACGACCAAUAAUUUAGUCAGUUCAAUUUCAUGCUGAUCAAAAAUGAUACACACAGCUAAUGAGGCCAUUUACGCAUAAAUGUGUCUAAGACAGGAUGUAACUUUUCAUGCAACUACCAUGUCUUAUGCCUUGUUCAGUUAAACCAUUACAGCUAAAUGUUGAAUGACCUACGGGCAGUAAAUGUUGAACCCUGUUUGUGCAUAGAAACAAAAAAAUGUGCGACUAUGCAUGCCACUGUUAAACUCUUUCAUAUGUUGAUAUGUGCUGAUACACGCUGUUGUGGCAUUUGUGGAAACUUUGUACCUACCCGCACAACAAAAAUAAAGAAUUUAAAAAAAAAAAUGCAAUGAAAAUUAUAUAUAUAUAUAUGUGUGUGUGUGUGUGUGUGUGUGUGUGUGUAACCCAGACAGAAAGUCCUGAUAAUUUAGUUUGCAAGCCCUAUAUUUACCCUAUAACGUUCCAAAAUCCCAUAAAACCUGUACAUGGUGGGUUCUGAGACUUCACUAAACACAAAUAUUAGUGUUUUAAAACAGUGAAAUGUAUGAUGACAAUUGUUCACCAAGAACUUGAUACAGAAGGUUGAUACAUAAUUUUAGUGUGUGAAAUUAACAACCAAAAAUAUACAUUAGUUAAUAUUUAUGCCCCAAACCAGGCACAAAUUCCAUUUAUUAGAAAAAUAUUUAAUAGAAUUGACCGUGUUAAAACUGGUCGAGUCAUUGUUAUGGGAGACUUUCAUUGCAUUUUAGAUGCAAAUUUGGACAGGAGUCCUAAAUUAAAAAGCAAUAACUAUAAGAAGGUAAAAACUAACGGGAACAUUUUUUCUGAAUUAGUCAAACAAAAUGAACUGUUAGAUUAUUGAAGGAUAUUCCAUGUAAAAGAGAUUUUUCAUGCUUCUCUAAAACUUUUUGCUCAUACUCUCGAAUCGAUUUAAUUUGGGGGGAUAGAAAUUUAGUGAAACAGGUUAAAAAAAAUCUUUAUAACAACCACAACGUGGUCUGAUCAUAACCCAAUUAUACUAGAAUUAAAAGAACAGUUUGAGAGACCCAGAACAGAAUGGAGAAUGAAGGAUUGGAUAAUGAGAAAUGAAAAUAACCUUAAUUAUAUUAAAGAGGUGACAGAUCUUUUUUUUCCUAGAGAAUAGAAAGAAUGAGGUCUACCCAGCAAUGACCUGGUGCACAUUUAAAUCGGUUAUAAGGGGCCACCUUAUAAGCCAAACAGCCAAAGAAUGUAAGCUCAGUGAGAAAAGGGCUAACCUGACAGAGCUAUAUAUAAAACUGGAUGACUUACUUUAUCAAAAUAAAAGAAACCCCUCACAUAGUAUUACCAAUACAAUAACAGAAGAAGAAAAAUUUAUAAAUGACCAACUGGUGGCAAAAGCCAAUAAGGCCUUAAUAGGCAUGAAACAAAAAUGGUAUUACAUGGGAAACAGAAAGAAAAAGUUAAAAAGGUUAUUACUAAAAUUGUACACAAUGGGGAAACCUUACUAAACCCAGAAAAAAUAACAGAAGCCUUUAAAAAUUAUUAUUACGAUUUAUACAACAUGUCAAGUCAAAUAAAUAAAUUAGACAUCAGAGAGUUCUUAAAAACUAUUAAAAUGCUGAAAAUCACAGAUCUACAACUACAAGAAUUGAAUAAAGUAUGCAAGGAGGAUGAAUUGAUCUUCUGUAUUAAUAAACUUAAAAAAAAAUACAUCACCAGGACCUGACGGGUUUGAUAACCUCUUCUAUAAAUUAUUGAAAAACAAUAUAAAAACAGAUUUGAUCAAAGUUUUUAACUCCUUUGGAACAACCGAAAAGAUCCCAGCAGAAUUACUGCAAGCGAAUAUAGUCCCAAUUCCUAAGCAAGAAAAAGACAUAGAAAAAAUUAAGAACUGCCGCCCAAUUUCCCUUCUAAAUACCGAUAUAAAGCUCCAUUCGGCUAUGAUAGCAGAACGUUUGAAAAGGAUUAUACCAGACGUGAUAGAUAGGGACCAGGUGGGGUUUGUCCUCUCGAUCAAUCAAUCUAAGGGGGGUUAGAAUUCCCACUCAUACAACAAUACCAUAAAGCGAGUAUCCUUUUCCAUAGUAUCAUCUCACAAUUGGCUGGGGCUAAACUAGAAAGGUGGUAUGCGGUGGAAAAGGAACUGGCAGAUGGUAGGGAUCUAGUAACACUUUUCUGGUUUACUCAAGAAGGAGAAACAAAUAAGAGCCAACCAAGUUCUGAUAGUGUGGUAAUUGAGUCCAUUAGAGGAAUGUGGAGUAAGAUAAAAAAAAAAGUGCAGGAUUUAAAAAUCACAUUAUCAAUACCCUCCCGAUCUCAAUAUUGGAAAAUAAUAUGCAAGACCUAAGACUAAAUAAUUGGAGAAGAGCAGGCAUACAAACCAUAGAAGAUAUAACAACAGGACCCAGGGUUAAUUAGUUUGAACAAAUUUGUAUUAAUUCCGGUCUCCCAGAAACUGAGAAAUUGAACUAUAUGAGGAUUAAAAGCUAUCUGAAUAAAACUCUAAAUAAAGAGAAAUGGGAAUUUAAUAAUAAAUUAGGAAACUUAUUGAAAGGAAAGGACAUGAAAAGCUUAUUAAACAAAUGUAACUCGGUAUUGAGACAACUAGAGGGUGACUUGACGUUUCUGGCAAUUAAAAAAUGGGAGAAAGAUCUAAAAAUACAAAAAAUUGAUGGACAGGACUGGAAUAGAGCAUGGCUGACAGCUGCUAGGCGCAUUAAAUGCCUAAAUUUAGUGGAGCUACAUUUUAAGAUCAUUAACAGACUCUAUUUGGUUCCUAGCCGUCAAAACAAAAACAAAAUAGACCAGAGUAAAACAGAUAUAUUCUGGAGAUGUGAAGGGGGAGUGGGAGAUUGUCUACAUAUUUGGUGGAGCUGCACCCCACUUAAGGAAUUUUGGAAAGUGUUCUUGUCUAAAAUUGAAAUGGUAACCGGAUUUAACUUUCCCCUUGCCCCGGAAAUGCUUAUAUUACAUAUAAAUAUUUAUCAGUAUAAUGUAGAUUUGCAACACUUUUUUACCCACGCAUUAAUAGCAGCAAAGAUUUCCAUAGCUAGAAGGUGGAGAAUUAAAACUCUACCAAAUUGGGACAUAGUAAAAAACCUACUAACUUCGCAACUUAGGAUGGAGGGAGCUUUGAAUAGAAAUUUGAAGAAUUUUUUUUUUAUUUCACAUAAAUAAGUGGUUAAAAAAAUUGUCGGCAGUAGAUUAAUAUACAUAGAAGAGGAAGGGAAGAGAAAAGGGAAAAAGAAAAAAGGGGAAGGGGUGAAGAGAAAAGAAAAAGGAAAAAAAAAGAGAAAAAAUGCUAGCUCAUAUAUUUGUACUAUGAAUAGCAAUGCAGAGAGACCAGGGAAGAGGGUUUCAUCAUCGUGUGUGAAUGCUGUGUUUGUCUGCUUUGUUUUAGUUUUCUCUUUGUUAAUGAGUAAUAUUAAUGUUUUUUAUAAAUUAAAGUAAUUUAAACAGGAAAAAGAGGGGAGAGAAAACAUUGAUGAUGACUAAUACACCAAUGCCUGAGAUACAGAGAGCUUGAAAGAAUAUGAGAGGCUGGUAACGUCUGAAAAGAAAAAAAAACAAACAAAAAAUAAAUAAAUAAAGAAUAUUGCACCUUUUUACAAUAUUUUAAUUUACUGAGAUUUGGGGUUUUCAUGAGCUGUAAGCCAUAAUCAUCGCACUUAUGACAAAUCACGGCUUGAACUAUCUUGCUUUGCAUGUAAUGUGUCUAUCUCAUAUAUUAGUUUCCCCUUUUACGUUGCAUUACUGAAAUAAAUGAACUUUUGCACGAAAUUAUAAUUUUUCAAGUAUCACCUGUAUGUCAGAAACAUGUAUUUUUAUGUUAUUAUAUCUUCAUAAAUAAUUAUAUUCUUUCCCUUUCAGUUCACAGGUCCUAUUUAAGACCUGUGCACUCUUAAUGAGCUGACACCAGCCUGUCAUGCUCCUGUGCCUUUGUAGGUCUUUUGGUCGGCCCCGUCUGGGGUGGGGGAUGAUUUGUAAAACCUGUAGUGUGAACUCUUCUAACGUCUCUCUCUCUCCCCCCCCCAAAACCCUGGUAGGGAGCAAGCUGGGAUGGGGAGACGCCAGGGGCAAAGCCAUGACAUACCCAUUUUUGUUUGGUUGCUUGUCUGGUGGUUUGCGUGCCUUUCUUUGUGUUGGGUAUUUGUUUGUGUCUGAUGGUGGCUGGGUUUCAGUUGUCUUGAGUUGUUGGUUCCGAUAGAGCGGGUGGUCGGAUCUGUCAUUGGACUGAGUGGGUUGGUAGGUAGGGUGGUUCUAGAUAGGUGUCGUUCCCAGUUGCAGUCCUAGGAAGUUUGUGUCCCAGAGGUCCCAGGUCCUGUGGAAGGCUUUGUAAGAGUCUUUAUUUGUGCGGAGAGUUUGUUGAGGUCCUUUGUUUCCUUCAGUUUGCAUAUGAUUGUGGUUAGUUUAGGGCUGCAUUGAUCCGCCCAUAGUUCUGCUAUCGCCCACCGCGUUGAUAGUGUUAUUCUGGCGGUGAGCUUGUUUUCGCUCCUGAUAAGGGAGUCAGAUGGUUUAAUGAGCAGCAUGGUCCAUGGGUCUGCUGUGAUGGUUUUUUCGAUGAUGGUUUCAAUGAGUUGGUGUACUUCUGUCCAUGGUGGUUUAAGCUUGGGGCAGUGCCACCAGCAAUGGAGAUAUGAGCCAGUUUCCCCGCAUUUUUUCCCCAGCAUUGUCCGUUGGUUUCCCCAUUUUAUGGAGUCGGUAUGGUGUCAGAUACCAGCGAUAUAGUGUUUUGUAGGCCUGUUCCUUGUGGGUAACGCAUACCAUCAGUGUGCGUAUCGCUUCCCAAAUAUCGGCCCAGUCAUUCGGUUCUGCUGGCGGUCCUAGGACUCGUUCCCAUGCCGUUAUAUAUGUAAGGUUUAUUUGGAAUAUGUGUGUUGUGAGUGUGAAGUAGAUGUCUAAUACCUGUCCGGGGCACUGGAGAGCAUCAAAACAUUGCUUCUCAAAUGCUGUUGGUUGUGAUGUGCCUGCUUGCUUGAUCAUGGGUUGUUGUACUAGGUCGCGUAGUUGUAUGUAGCAAAAGUAGUUCGAGGUAUCUACAUUUGAGAGGUCGUUAUAUGUGAACACGUCACCCCAUUGGCAUAGGUGUAGUAACCUUGAUAUGUCCCUGUGACGGUACCAACCCCGCCACUGGUCAUUGGAGGAGCCUGGUUGCUCGCCUGCUCCCUUUGGACUAUGGCCCCAUGUGGAAACACUUGAUUUUCCCCUGCAAAGACCCAAAAGCCAGGUCAUUCGGUACUUUCCCUAUUUGAACAGUGAUACCCCAGAUAGCGAUGCCAUGGAGCCCAUUCGUAUAACGAAAGACUAUGUGAAAGACUUUGGCUCCAUGGCAACUGAACUGUAUGUAUGUGAUCUGAGCGCCAUUCAGUAAUAAUGCACGCUCAGAUCUAAGCUAUCUGGGGAUGUGUUGAAUGUACCUGUUUUAUGCAAUUGCUGCACAGUUAUAUAUAUUUAUGUAUUUUAUUGUCUUUUGCUACCAUGUGGCUAAUGGAGUUUUGCCUCUGUCCUUGGAGAUAAUUGGAUUACUUCCCAAUUAUCUCCAGGAUAGAAGACUCUGUGGAACCGGUUUUGGGCAGAAAAGCCAUGCUUCAUUUGGUCACAAAGGACUUUGAGCUAACUUUUGACCCACUGGACCAAUUUGCAUGAUUUUGACUUAUGUUUGUAUUUGGAGUAUGCUGAUUCUAAUAAUGUAAGUUUUAUGUGAAUGAUGCAUACUUUUAAAGUUAUGAAUAUUGUGUAAAACCUUGUAUUUUCCUGCCUGUGAUAAUUACAUUAACCCAUUGUGUAAGUUAAUUGCAUCACAGGCAGAGGGAGGAUUUUGUGUGGGAGUGUCUGAGGGUUUAUUGGUUGUUUUACAAAACCCUGUGGGUGGUACUAAUGUGUAAGAAUGUGUAUAUAAGAACAAUAAACCCACAGCUCUGGCUGAUUCUGCUUGAACCUCAAAACGAAGUGUCGUCUCGUUAUUAGGGGAAUUGGAUUGUAUGCUGUUUCAGACCGAUUGCCAGGAGUGUAAACUGUUCGCAGGGUUUUUCCUAUUCGGCUGUUUACAGCAUUCACAUGUUUGAGAGCAUUCGUAUGCUUCUCCGGUUCGGUGGAUUGGUGUCUACAGUAGCUGCCUGUUUAUCUGAAAGGGGAAUAUCUCCUAAACGGCUGUUAACCCCUUAUAUGCCUGGGGGUGGCGUUACAGUCCCGUUGGUCGAAGUUGAUGAUUGGUCGAAGUUGAUGAAGUGCUUUGGGGUCAUUCCUGGUGGGAAGAUUUUGUUAUGGUAGAUUGGUGUGACCGGGGAGAGGAAGGAGGAAAGGUGGUAUUUAGGGUUUAGUUUGUCCCAAAGGGCUAGCGUAUGCGUAAUCGCUGGCGAGGUGGGUGGUGGUAGUUCUCUGUAUUUUGGUGGGACCCACAUGUAGGAAGACGGUUGCUCCAAGCCCAGAAUGUCAUGUUCGAGAUCGACUCAUUGUUUGAUACCCAGUGGUGAGUGCCAUUGUUGCAGUUGUUGCAAUUGGGCCGCGUGGUAGUAGUGCUGGAAGUUUGGCAGCCCUAGUCCGCAUUGUGGUUUUGGGACGUACAUCGUGUUUUUUUCGAUCGCCAUUCAAAUUUAUCGAUGGCCUCCUGCAGGUUUUUGAAAUCUGUGUUCAGAAUAGGGAUUGGUUGGGUCUGGAUAAGGUAUAAAACAGGCACGGCCAAAGAAGGUGGUCAAAGGCCUUCUCGGCGUCCAGGGAGAGUAUCACUGAUGGAAGUCUUUUAAUGUGGGUGUACAAUAUUGUGUUGAAGGCUCUUCUCGUGUUGUCUGCCGCCUGUCGUUUGGGAAUAAAGCCAACUUAGUCUGGAUGGAUCAAUUGUGGGAGAUAUGGGUUGAUGCGGUUGGCUAGUGCCUUGGUGAGUAUUUUCAAGUCACUGUUUAGGAGCGAGAUCGGACUGUAGUGGCCCGGGUCAAGGUGUUCUUUGCCCGGUUUCGGAAGGAGGCAGAUGUCUGCUUUGAGCAUCUCUGGUGGGAGGGGUUUGCCCUGGAGGAGUGAGUUGAAGACUUUGUAUAUAUGUGGGAUGAGCAGGUUCUGGAAGUUUUUAUAAUAAAUGGCCGUGAAGCCGUCUGGGCCUGGGCUUUUUGUGGGCUUCAACGUUUUGAGCGCCGUGGUGACCUCCUCUGUAUCGAGGGGUACUGCCAAGCGUUCUUUGAUUUAAAAUAUUUCUAAAUCAGCUGCUGAAAGCUAAAUUAACUCUAUUGUACUCGGCCAGACACAGCCAGUUUACCAGCCUCUAUAUCUAUUUAUUCCAUAUAGGAAUUGUUUUUUUGGCAGGAAUCACUGACUUACCUCAAGACUUGGGUAAAUCCCAUUUUCUGUUACUUUCUUCAUAGUUACAUGGUUACAAAGGCUGAAAAGAGACAAGUGUUCAUCAAGUUCAGCCUUCCUCACAGCUGUUUUUGCUGUUGAUCCAAAAGAAGGCGAAAAAAAACUUCCUAGUUUGCAAACAAAUAGGAAAAGAUUCCUUCUUGACCCCAGAAUGGCAGCCAGAUUUAUCCUUGGUUCAAGAAGCUAUUCUUCCAGUCUAAACACAUGACCCUGUAUAGUCCUAUGUAUAGUCCUGUUUGUGAAAAGAUUGGCCUUACCUCACUGAUACCUUACAAGUUUGAAACGAUCAUCUGGGGUUGCUGUAUCUCUCAGAGGGAACUUGCUGGCAUUUCGGAUUUGGACUGCCCUUACGGGUGGGACCAGUCUGAUAUGCUUCAGAUUUGUUCUCUCUGUAAUGGCACAAGAUGAGCUAAAACCAGCUUGAGAUCUGAGCUGGGACCCACCAAAGGGCAGGCUAAUUGAGCUGUUGUCUGUUCUCACCUCUCUUGCUACUUGUUUUUCUCUGUUUGUGAAAAGAUUUCCACACAAUGGUUUGUACUGGCCCCGGAUAUUUGUAUAAUGUUAUCAUAUCCCCUCUGAGGCAAAAUAUUUCUAAACUAGAGAGGUUUAAAUUUGUUAACCUUUCUUCAUAGCUAAAAUGUUCCAUUACUUUUAUUAAUUUUGUAACCUGCCUCUGCACUCUUUCUAGUGUCAUAAUAUCCAUAGGCGUGUGCACCCUAAAGCACAAAACGCUGUGUAUAUAUAUAUAUAUACAGGGAGUGCAGAAUUAUUAGGCAAGUUGUAUUUUUGAGGAUUAAUUUUAUUAUUGAACAACAACCAUGUUCUCAAUGAACCCAAAAAACUCAUUAAUAUCAAAGCUGAAUAUUUUUGGAAGUAGUUUUUAGUUUGUUUUUAGUUAUAGCUAUGUUAGGGGGAUAUCUGUGUGUGCAGGUGACUAUUACUGUGCAUAAUUAUUAGGCAACUUAACAAAAACAAAUAUAUACCCAUUUCAAUUAUUUAUUAUUACCAGUGAAACCAAUAUAACAUCUCAACAUUCACAAAUAUACAUUUCUGACAUUCAAAAACAAAACAAAAACAAAUCAGUGACCAAUAUAGCCACCUUUCUUUGCAAGGACACUCAAAAGCCUGCCAUCCAUGGAUUCUGUCAGUGUUUUGAUCUGUUCACCAUCAACAUUGCGUGCAGCAGCAACCACAGCCUCCCAGACACUGUUCAGAGAGGUGUACUGUUUUCCCUCCUUGUAAAUCUCACAUUUGAUGAUGGACCACAGGUUCUCAAUGGGGUUCAGAUCAGGUGAACAAGGAGGCCAUGUCAUUAGAUUUUCUUCUUUUAUACCCUUUCUUGCCAGCCACGCUGUGGAGUACUUGGACGCGUGUGAUGGAGCAUUGUCCUGCAUGAAAAUCAUGUUUUUCUUGAAGGAUGCAGACUUCUUCCUGUACCACUGCUUGAAGAAGGUGUCUUCCAGGAACUGGCAGUAGGACUGGGAGUUGAGCUUGACUCCAUCCUCAACCCGAAAAGGCCCCACAAGCUCAUCUUUGAUGAUACCAGCCCAAACCAGUACUCCACCUCCACCUUGCUGGCGUCUGAGUCGGACUGGAGCUCUCUGCCCUUUACCAAUCCAGCCACGGGCCCAUCCAUCUGGCCCAUCAAGACUCACUCUCAUUUCAUCAGUCCAUAAAACCUUAGAAAAAUCAGUCUUGAGAUAUUUCUUGGCCCAGUCUUGACGUUUCAGCUUAUGUGUCUUGUUCAGUGGUGGUCGUCUUUCAGCCUUUCUUACCUUGGCCAUGUCUCUGAGUAUUGCACACCUUGUGCUUUUGGCUCCAGUGAUGUUGCAGCUCUGAAAUAUGGCCAAACUGGUGGCAAGUGGCAUCGUGGCAGCUGCACGCUUGACUUUUCUCAGUUCAUGGGCAGUUAUUUUGCGCCUUGGUUUUUCCACACGCUUCUUGCGACCCUGUUGACUAUUUUGAAUGAAACGCUUGAUUGUUCGAUGAUCACGCUUCAGAAGCUUUGCAAUUUUAAGAGUGCUGCAUCCCUCUGCAAGAUAUCUCACUAUUUUUGACUUUUCUGAGCCUGUCAAGUCCUUCUUUUGACCCAUUUUGCCAAAGGAAAGGAAGUUGCCUAAUAAUUAUGCACACCUGAUAUAGGGUGUUGAUGUCAUUAGACCACACCCCUUCUCAUUACAGAGAUGCACAUCACCUAAUAUGCUUAUUGGUAGUAGGCUUUCGAGCCUAUAGCUUGGAGUAAGACAACAUGCAUAAAGAGGAUGAUGUGGUCAAAAUACUCAUUUGCCUAAUAAUUCUGCACUCCCUGUAUAUAUAUAUAUAUAUAUAUAUAUAUAUAUAUAUAUACACACACACACAUAUACAUACGCACACACACACUUCUGUGUGUGGGUGUAGGUGCUGUGUGUGUGUGUGUGGGCUCUGUGUGUGUGUGUGUGAGGGUGCUGUUAGUGUGUGUGUGUAUGUGUAAGGGUGCGGUGUGUGAGGGUGAUGUUAGUGUGUGUGUGUGUGAGAAAGGGUGCUGUGUGUGUAUGUGUGAGGGUGCUGUGUGUAAGGGUGCUGUUAGUGUGUGUAAGGGUGGUGUGUGUGUGUGGGUACUGUUUGUGUGUUUUGUGUGGGGGUGGGGAGGCCGUUUAGUUAAUACCCCACCCAUUUACCUCUUUAUAGGGAGCGGGGACUGUGCUGCUGCCAUCUCUGGUGGUCCAGUGGUGAGUGAACUCUAGCCCUGCAGUGGGCUAGAGUUCACUGACGCGAGAUCGAACCAUUGCCGCGGCAACGCUCCAACCUCGCGAGAGGUACCUGGCAGAGCUGCUGGCUAGAGCUCCCCGGGUCCUCUCCUGCCUCCCUUCAUGCCUGUGGGUCGGUGAGGGAGAUCUUUGAUCUCCCACCGGCCCAUGGAGGGAGGCACAUAGCGUGGGCAGUCACUCAGAUGGCCAGUACUGGGUCAAUGCUGCACAACAUGCAGCACUGACAUUUAGCCUCUCCAUGCUGUGCGUGGAGACACUGAACGUUCCCCAUAGAGAUGCAUUAAUUCAAUGCAUCUCUAUAAGGAGAUGCUGGUUGGUGCAGCAUGGUGUUUUGCCGCAUAUGUGCAAUUGCCUCCCAAUGAUUUCCUAUGAGAAAGCAUUGGAUUGGCUGAGAUAAUUCUGAUGAUCUCAAGAAUUAUCAGGGGCGGAAUAAAGGUAUGUUUUCUGUUUAGGCAGGGUUAGGGAGGCUAAAUAGUGUUUUUAACAAUAUAGGAUCAGGAAUACACAUUGAUGUUGAUUUAAAUAGAACAUUUGUCAGCCAUAAAGGAUAGUGGACAUUCUCCCUUAAGAUAAAACUAUUAAUACUAACUUCUUUGAAGUGUGUUCUAGUUUUGAUUUCUCCUUUUUCUGUGUAAAUGGUGAGAUCCAAAAACUUCACUUCUUCAGAUCUGAAACAUGCAGUGAGUUUGAUUUCCCAUUUAUUGGAUCAAGGUAUUGUAAGAAGUCUUGUAAUGCAGUUUCUUCUCCUUCUCAUAUAAAUAAGACUUCAUCAAUAUAUCUUUUGUAAAAGAUAAUGUUAUCUUUCCAAUGAUGAUCAUUCCAGAUGUAAUAAUUUUCCCAGUGACUCAUGAAAAGGUUGGAUAAAUGUGGAGCAAAUUUUGUCCCAUCAUCCUACCUUUCUUCUGUAGAUAAAAUGUCCCCAAAAAACAAAAAUAGUUGUUGACUAGGAUGAAUUUGAUACCGUUGAUCAUGAAUUCUAUUUGUUUAUUAAAAUCUCCACUCUCAUUUAGAGAAUAUCUUACAGCAUUGCAUUCUCUCUGUAACAGAUAACCUGUUCAUUUGCCUGGUCAUUGGAUUUAUUACAUUGUUACAUAGUUACAUAGUUACAUAGCUGAAAAGAGACUUGCGUCCAUCAAGUUCAGCCUACCUCACAUUUGUUUUUUGCUGUUGAACCAAAAGAAGGCAAAAAAAUCCAGUUUGAAGCGCAAAAAAAAUUCCUUCUUGACCCCAGAAUGGCAGUCAGAUUUAUCCUUGGAUCAAGCAGUUAUUACCCUACAUUGAAAGAUUAUAUCCUUGAAUAUUCUGUUCUUGCAAGUAUGCAUCUAGUAGCCGCUUGAACAUCUGUAUGGACUCUGAUAAAACCACUUCCUCAGGCAGAGAAUUCCACAUCCUGAUUGUUCUUACAGUAAAAAAACCUUUCCUUUGCCUUAGACGAAAUCUUCUUUCUUCCAGUCUAAACGCAUGGCCUCGUGUCCUAUGUAAAGUCCGGUUUGUGAAUAGAUUUCCACACAGUGGUUUGUAUUGGCCCCGAAUAUAUUUGUAUAAUGUUAUCGUAUCCCCUCUCAGGCAACAUUUUUUCUAAACUAAAUAGGUUUAAAUUUGUUAACCUUUCUUCAUAGCCGAUAUGUUCCAUUCCUUUUAUUAGUUUUGUAGCCCGCCUCUGCACUUUUUCUAGUGCCAUAAUAUCCUUCUUUAGAACAGGUGCCCAAAAAUUGCACAGCAUAUUCAAUAUGGGGUCUUACCAGUGAUUUAUAAAGAGGCAAAAUUAUAUUCUUGUCCCGAGAAUGAAUGCCCUUUUUCAUGCAUGACAAUACCUUACUGGCCUUGGCCACUGCUGAUUGACAUUGCACAUUGUUGCAUAGUUUGUUGUCGAUAACAAUUCCCAAGUCCUUUUCAUGUGUUGUUAUCCCUAAUUCGCUUCCAUUAAGGGUAUACGUUGCUUAUGUAUUCUUUACGCCGAAGUGCAUAACUUUGCAUUUUUCAACAUUAAAUUUCAUCUGCCAUUUGAGUGCCCAGUCCCCAGUCUAUCUAAAUCCCUCUGCAGCAAAGUAAUAUCUUGCUCACAUUGUAUUGUUUUACAAAGUUUUGUGUCAUCUGCAAACACUGAAACAUGACUUUCAAUGCGGUCUUCAAGAUCAUUUAUAAACGUGUUAAAUAGAAGGGGUCCCAGAACAGACCCCUGAGGGACACCACUUGCCACCUCUGUCCAGCUUGAAAAUUUACCAUUAAUGACAACUCUUUGUACUCUGUUUUUAAGCCAAUGUUCUAUUGUGUGGAACUGUAUCAAAUGCCUUGGCAAAAUCCAAAUAGAUCACAUCCACGGCAACACCCUGAUCUAUACUUCUACUUACUUCUUCGUAGAACGCAAACAAGUUAGUUUGACAUGACCUGUGCUUCAUAAAACCACGCUGAAUUUUGCUGAUAACCAUGUUCUUCACAAGGAAUUCUUGAAUAUUAUCCCUUAAUAACCUUUUAAAUAUUUUACCAGCCACAGAAGUUAAGCUCACAGGUCUAUAAUUUCCAGGCAAGGAUUUUGAACCCUUUUUGAAUAUAGGAACCACAUCUGCUUUCCUCCAAUCCUCCGGAACACUUCCUGAAAGAAAAGAAUCUUGAAAGAUUAAAAAUAGAGGUUCACUUAUUUCUACACUUAGUUCCUUAAGUACACGUGGAUGGAUACCGUCAGGCCCUGGAGCUUUGUUUAUAUUAACUUUCUUUAGUUGCUGCAGCACCUUGUUAACAAUUGAACUCGCAGUACUACCCCAAAUUUAUGAAUUUGGAAAAGAAUAGUCAUGUUAAUUCGUUCGUAUAACCGAACAAACAACCGAACAAACUGUCGCACAAGAGACCACCCAGACCAGUCGUGUUCCGCCAAUUGACUCAUUGACUCUGUGCCAAACCGCAACUUCAACAUUCUAAGUGGUUCACUGGGUGGCUGUCUUGUUUUGUCGAACGCGUAUAGCGGGAUUUGGUCAUUGAGUGUCUGGAACUGUUUUCGGGCACUCAAUCUCCUGAAUACUGCUGAGACUUCCAGGACCACUUAGAUUCAUGUCAAUUCAUCCAAAGGAGGCGACGUUCGGUAAAAGCAUUAUACGAACGAGGCUGAACACGACGAUCAAAUUCACGAACACUGAUGUGAAUGGUUAUUUGGUAUUUUUAAACAUACUAAAAGGGCCCGGCCGCACCAGCUGAAUGCAUGGAACUAUUUUGGGCAGGAGCCUCGUGUGUGGCCGGGCAGAAAUGGGACUUCCGUCUAUAUCCCGAAUGCCUGAACUGAUUUGCAUGAUUUUUUAAUAUGUUGGUCCCCUAAUUAUGCCCUAUCAAAAUAUAUAAAUUUUAUGGGACUUGUAUGUGCAGUUAUAAUAUUUCAGAAAAUGUGUAAAAGGUUCAUUUUUUCGCUUGGAGAUAAUUGAGUUGAUACAGUAAUUAACUCAAUUAUCUUCCAAGCAGAGGGGAGGAAUUUACUGUAAUGAAUGGGGGUGUUUAACUUUGUGACUGUACACUAUUGGCUGUUGAAUGUAUUUUUUGGUGCCCCACAAGGUCCACAUGGGUGGAAACCUUGUGGGAAAAGUUGCAUAAAAGGCCAGCCUGGCACAUUAAACUGUCAGAUCUGCUUAACCCUCAAUACGUAGCCUUGUCUCGUGUUUGUAGGGAAACUGCAUUCAGCUAAUCACUAGCUCUUGUAAGAGCUCUGCUAUUCUCUCUCUUCACUGGUUUGGCUGAUGGAACAUCUGGAGCAUAAUGCAGCACAGCCUCUCACAAGGGAAAAGGACGUCUCCAACGGCUUACACCCCUCUGACACACAGGGUGGCCUUUACACUCUCCUAUGUUCUAUAAUUGCAUACAAUGAGGUGACGUCUGCUACAACAAGAAAACAUUUACACCGGAUCAGGUCCAUCAGGUUUUUAAUUACACUUGUGGUAUCACAGCUUUAUAAGCAGGAAGAAAUGAUUUAUGUAUUGCAAUUGAUUUCCUGUGUGUGAAUUUAUCCCUGAAAUAAUGGGUGUUCCCAGUGGAGAUGAGAGAUUUUUACAUAUUAUAGGUAGAAAAUAAAAUACUGGAGUCCUGGGUUUGAAAUGUGGAGAAAAUUCUAUUCUGCUGUAGUGAUAAUGCCCUCUUUUUUGGCUUUCCAUAGAGAUUAUCUAGGGGAUUCUUCAUGGUUUGUAAUGGAUUUCCUUUGAAAUCCACCAGGAGAGCACUUAUUGGAGCUUUUUGAAGAUGCCUGAGACUAAGGGGAACAAAUGCUACCUAAGAGCCAGCCAGUGAACCCCAUAUUGCAAACGCAGAGCUCCCGAAAGUUGACCGGCCAAAGCAGCAAAUGCCCUGGAACUGUUUUGGGCAUAGGACCAGGUGUUUCGGGCGGUCAGAACUUUAACACAGUGGCAUUUCCUCUACACUGCAUGGAUCUGAGUGCUAUUUAGAGAACUUGGGUGCUAAGAUCAGGACUAUUUAAUUAUGUAUUAUUUAUGUUUUUAUUGUGUUUUGGGGUAUUUUUAUGUUUUAUAUUUUUAUGUUUGCCUCUCUGUUCCUGGGAGAUAAUUAGCUUACCGGUCUUUAACGCAAUUAUCUCCCAGGCACUAAGAUCUUUGGGAGGGGCUUGCAUAGUAUUGUGUGGAGACCCUUUGCUGGGAGUUGUGUAUAAAAGCAGGAAACGUAGCAAUAAUAAACCAGUUCUUUUCACCCUUCACUGAGUCUGGGCUAGUGUUUGGGUGGAUCAGCUAUACUCUCUGCAGGAGAGCUUAAUCACUUGAAGCUGUACCCGAGACACAGCGGAAAGUGACAGAGAGACCCCAGCCAAGCUGUGUUUGCUAGGGACUGAAGUACUCGUGUCCCAGAGGAGAGCUAGUAAGCGAGCUUGAUGGAGGUACCCGUGGUGCCAGGUGGUCCGUUACAAUAGCCUUAUGCCAAUGCCUAGGGAGUUUAAGCCUUAUGCUUAAACUCCCUCACUGUGUUAACCUCUACAACUUCAGCCGGAAGGCUAUUCCAUGCAUCCACUACCCUCUCAGUAAAGUAAUACUUCCUGAUAUUAUUUUUAAACCUUUGUCCCUCUAAUUUAAGACUAUGUCCUCUUGUUGUGGUAGUUUUUCUUCUUUUAAAUAUAGUCUCCUCCUUUACUGUGUUGAUUCCCUUUAUACAUUUAAUUGUUUCGAUCAUAUCCCCCCCAUCAUCCCAUUUGUUAACACUAAAUCUAGUAUGGCCUCAUUGUUUUAGAGACAAUCCCAGUAGGGAGUUUAGAAUAUGUGUGCUCCUGGCACAAACAGCUAUUUUUGUUUUCCAAUUCAUAUCAGGAAGAUUAAAGUCACCCAUUGUGGCAAAACUAGCCACUUAAGAAAUGUAUGUGGGUAAAAUGUUUAAUUUUUCGUUUAUUUUCCCUUUUAUUACAUGUAUAUGUAUAGGGAAUGCCGCCAGCGUUCUGCUUGGAGUUCCACGAACAGUGAUUUUCAAACACUGUUCGUGAAACGAACAAACUGCCGAAUGGGAGACCACACAACAGGGGUCGUGUGUCUCCCAUUAACUACUGCAACAAUGUAUCUCCAGUUUAUUAAUGGUUUCGUGGGUGGCUGCCGUUUGUAUACCGAACACGUGGCGGCGCCCAUCUUUGUUCACGAAAGCACAGCGGUAUUUGGUCGUUGAGUGCCUGGUAAUAAAAUCGGCUACUCGACUUACCGAACACCGCUGGACUUCCAGGCCGUUCGUGCAAAUUCGACUAAUUCCGCUCACUAUUUUACAAGUUAUGGAUUUUAAUGUACAAUUGUAUGUUUUACUGUACGGAGAGAUAAUGUGAUUAUCAGUACAUUCUUACACAAUUAUCUCUCCUGUACAGCAUGGCCUGAUGGGAAACGACCUUGCAGGGUCAGUUUCCCACACAGUCCCCUUGAGUUUGUAAACCCCUUGCAUGGGGAACUGCAUAAAUACCGUGACCUGUGAACAGGGCCGGACUGGGAAAAAAAUUAGGCCCGGGCAUUUUUCAAUGAGAGCGGCCCCCUAAGAAGGGGGCGGGGCCAGAGAGUGUGUGUUUUGUCAUCACUAAUGACAAGCACACCCCCUCUCAAAGUGAGCAUGUUGGUUCAAUGCCCAGAGCCCUGCUGAAGAGCUUUGGCAUUAGAAAAAGGCCCUGUAUUUGCUCUGCGCAGCGCAAGCAAAUUUAUUAACAUGCUUGCGCUGUGUUUGCUUUUAAAUUGUCUCUGGUGUCUCCACAAGUGGGAUACCAGAGGACAAAAGGGCCAGGAAAGUGUACGGUGCAUAUGUUUGGAGCCUGCUUGUGGGAUUGCGUCUGUGAAGAGUGUGGUGUGGUAUUGUGUAAAUAGGUCAAUUUAAUUUGUGUUUGUGGUGUAAUAUGUGUGGCUAGGGGCUGUAGAGAGUGUGUGUAUAGGGGGCAUAGUUUUAUAGGGGAUGCAGCGAGUGUGUGCAUACGGGCUGAAGUGUGUGUGUUUAGUGUGUGUAGGGGUUGUAGAGAGGGUGUGUUUAGAGAAUGUUGUAUGUGUUUGCUGACAAGGAAUGUAGUGUGUGUGUGUAGGAGAUCUACUGUGUAAAGGACCCAGUGUGUGUGUGUGUGUGUGUGUGUGUAGAGGAUUAAGAGUGCAUAUAGGGUAAGGGAUCUAGUGUGUAUCUGGAGCGUAAUGUGUGUAGUGGUGCAGUGUGAGGGGUGCUGUAGUGUGGUGUGUGUGUGUGUGUAUGUAUAUAUAUAUAUAUAUAUAUUUGGACUUAUUGUAUGUGUGAGGGGCGCAGUGUGUGUAUGUAAGAGGGGUGCUGUGUGUGAGGGUGUUUUUAUCUGCUGUCACAUUCUAGGUUUCUAAUUUUCUUUGUCUGUUAACUCACUGAGGGUUAUUUUAUAUAUAUGUGUGUGCUGUAUAUGUGUGGGAGUGUGCUGUGUGUGUCUGGGGGUGCUGUGUGUGUCUGGGGGUGCAGUGUGAGUGUGGGUGCUGUGUCUGGGUGCGCUGUGUGUGUCUGGGUGCCAGUGUGUGUCUGGGUGCUGUGUGUGUCUGGGAAGCGUGUGUCUGGGGGGUGCUGUGUGUUUAGGUGCUGUGUGUAAAUUGGGGUGCUGUGUGUGUGUCUGGGUGCUGUGUGUGUCUGGGGGGUGCUGUGUCUGUCUGGGGUGCUGUGUGUGUGUCUGGGGGUGCUGUGUGUGUCUGGGGGUGCUGUGUGUCUGGGGGUGCUGUGUGGGUGCUGUGUGUGUGUCUGGUGGGUGCUGUGUCUGGGGUGCUGUGUGUUUCUGGGGGUGCCAGGUGUUUCUGGGGGUGCUGUGUGUUUCUGGGUGCUGUGUCUGGGUGCUGUGUGUGCUGGUGGUGCUGUGUGUGUCUGGUGGGUGCUGUGUGUGUGUCUGGGGGUGCUGUGUGUGUCGGGGGUGCUGUGUGUGUCUGGGGGUGCUGUGUCUGGGUGCUGUGUGUCUGGUGGAAGCAACGUCUGGGGGUGCUGUGUGUCUGGGGGUGCUGUGUUUCUGGGGUGCUGUGUCUGGGUGCUGUGUGUGUCUGGUGGGUGCUGUGUCUGGGGUGCUGUGUUUGUCUGGUGGGUGCUGUGUCUGGGGUGCUGUGUGUGUCUGGGGGGUGCUGUGUGUGUCUGGUGGGUGCUGUGUCUGGGGGUGCUGUGUGUGUGAGUGAAUGUAUUUUUUAUUAAAAUUUUAAUAUUUUUUUUUUAUUAAUAAAAAAAAAAAAUUAUAUCCCCUCCCCCCCCUUCUUACCUUUAGCCUGGGGGGGGGAGGAGAUCCAUUCUGCCUGGGGGGUGGGGAGCCAUGCUGCCUUCCCUGGGGGUCCAGUGGUGAGAGUGAACUCUAACCCGUGAGUUCACUCUCGCGAGAUCUGAGCGUUGCCGCGGCAACGCUCAGAAUCCCGAGAGAGGACCGGGCGGAGCUGCUUGUUAGAGCUCCGCCGGCCCUCUCUCCUCCCUCCUGCCCUCCCCAGCCGGCGGCCGCAUUUCCACGGAGGCACACAGCAGGGCUGGCGCUCGGAUUUGCCCGGUAUGCCCGAUGGCCAGUCCAGGCCUGCCUGUGAAUAAAAGCUCAGUUGACAUCCAAGCUAUGUGUCGUCUAGUUCUUGGGAGAAAGGGAUUGUUAUUACGCUACCUGUGUUUUACCUGCUUAUCCUGACUGUCAGUGGAGACUUCGUGGAUUAUCCCCUACUACUCCGCUACACCCACGAUGAUAAUUUCCCCCUUUAUUGUCAUUUUAGCUAUUUCCUCAACUAGUAGAUUAUAUAAUUCUUCUAUUUGUCCUGGGGGCCUAUAAAUCACACCUACAUGAGUUACUGUGUGAUUACCAAAUUCUAACGUAGCCCAAACGGACUCUAUGUUUGCCUCACUAACUUUUAUUAGGCUAGAUUUUAUGAUAUCCUUCACAUACAAGGCCACCCCUCCCCCUUUCUUGCCUUCCCUAUCUUUCCUAUAUAAAGAGUACCCUGGUAUUGCUAUGUCCCAGUCAUUUUUCUCAUUGUACCAUGUCUCCGUAACAGCGACUAAAUCUACAUUAUCAGUUGCCAUUAUUGCCACAAGUUCAUGGAUCUUAUUCCCUAAACUGCGAGCAUUUGUAGACAUGACUCUAAGCUUAGCAUUUUUUAACAGUCUUAUCUAGUAGUUAGACAAAUACUGAACUGAAUAUCAGAAAAACAGGGCACCACAAUCACUUAAAAAAUCUUUAAAAUUAACUCUGGAGAUUCCUAUAAAAGGAAACAAUCAGUAGAGAUAAAAUAUUCACUUUAUUAUAAAUAAAAUCAUAAGCAAUAGCACAUAACUUAAUAACAAAUUUGCAAAAUAUAUAAAAGUAUAUAAAACAGCCACACUUGGCCAAGAACCCUUAGUAUCAUGUUUAAACCAACAUGAUACUUGAAUGGAAAUAAUAGGGCAUGUGCUAAAGUGCUUCCACCACUCCACCACAGGCUACAGACCCACAAUACACAAAAAAUACUAUGAUGGUAAAAAUAAACAGUAUACAUGUAAAAAAGACUGCUCUACCAAAAUACAGGGUUUUUGCUGGUGCUCAACCCCUCUUGUCAGUAUUCCAUACAGAACUCCGGUGUCCCCGGGAUGCUUCCCCACUUGCUAGGAAGCCAUCCCACUGCACGCUUCAAAGCUACCGCUUCAACCACUAGCCGCCGCAGUCUCGCCAUUGCUUCCCACCUUGGACCAGGGUCAUGGGUCCAAAAGGAACUGACAUACAAAACUUUAUUUUUCUUGGGACUAGCCCAAGCACAAUUAUUACAUCAGGAGUAUUACAUCAAGAUUGCUGUGACAAUUCAAUAAAAAUACAAACAGUCAAAUCACAUUAGACAACAUACAAGAACUUGUAAUAACGUAAUGACAUAUUUAUAAAGGGGUGGGAAAGACAACAAUUAACAUAAAACAUAUCUCCUGUCUGCAGAAAUAGCAAUAUGCAAAUCACCUGAAUAUGCAAAUUAACCAGCCUUGCUAUUCAGGUAGUGCAUAUUGCUGUUGCUACCAACAGAGGGCACUAGACAAGCUCCAUAGCCGAAUCCGCCUAGUUGGUAGCAAUCCUCAGCAGUACAGGAGAGCAGGCAAUACACUACACAGUACACACACACACGUUAUAAAAAAUUGCAUUACACACACCCUGCACCUAUAAUGGGUACAGGCUGACUAAAACAUAAGAAAUGUCCAACAACCUACAUAAAUAGUCUGUCUGUAGGUCCAGGUGAUGGUGAUUACCGUCACAGGAGAAAAAUGACAGAUUUGAUUUUAUUGUUUUUAAACACCUAAUCUAGGCAAAAUAAUGGGGGUUUAGUUACAUUAUAUGAACAUACAUUGCAUAAGCCUGCCACAACGUCAAUGUACCCCAUUCUUUUCUUUUUUUUUUGCAGAUUUAAUUUUUUUUUUUUUGUUAUUGAUUUAAACAUAUAGACAUCAUACUAUUUCAUGAACAUAGAGAGAAAAGAAAAAACAAAAAAGACAUAUCAUAUGAAUGAUAAAUUACACAGAUACAUUUAGUCCAUACAUAAACAAUUGAAAUUUAUGUUGUUUAACAAAUUAUACUACUCAGGCCUGAUGUAUUUUAAAUUACUACCUAUGUAUUCAUAUAGCAGGAGAAAGUAUACAUUUUAGGUGGUUUUUAAAUUAAGUUUAUAGUACAGUUAAUUUUUCUAAGAUUAUUUCAGUCCAAGAUCAUUCUGCAAUAUUAUUCUACUGUUGCUCAUAUAUGAUUCACAUGACAAAACAAACACAAAAAAAAGAGAGAAAAUAUUUGGCUGGGGAGGACGAGAGAACAUCGCACCCAUCCUUAAUUGCUGAUAUACCUAUGAGAACAUUCUUCAAUAUAAACCGCCAGAGUCCAUUUAAAGAUCUAACUCGAUAGAGGUCUAAAAUUGAAUAGUAGAUAAAUAAUUUAGUGGUCUUCUUAUAUUGAUAUCGGAAGUUAUAAUAUUCACACCAAAUAUUAUUAUAGUGUAUAGUUAUUUUUUUCAUUAUACUUUGGUAAUUAGUUUGGGAUAUAAUUUCGGAAGAGCUAAGGCUUUCCUCGCUCUUCCAAUACCUGGUUAUACAGACCUUCGUUACCAUUAAACCAUGAACUGCCAAACAAAUUUCUAGUUUAGAUAGACAUGUGAGAUCAAUAUGGAAUAGAAACUUUUCAGGAGUUAAAUACAUAAUUUUUCAAUUCAAAUCUUUAAAGGGUUGCAACAAAAAUUUUUUUUUUUAUCCCAAUCAGUGAGGAACAAUCCCACCAUACAUGCUUUAUAGUUCCAAGAUCUUUAUUACAUCUCCAACACUGGUUAGAAUAAUUUAAAUUAAAGAUAAACCACAUUCUUCUAAUACAGUUGUCAUUAUCCUGCGGGCUAGUCUUGCUUUUUUGCUCCCCAUAAAAAGGCUUGAAAUAAUUUAGCAAAAAGAUUCAAAACUCUCUUCGGCACUCUUAGAGGUAACAUCUGAAAAAGGUAUUCCAGUUUGGCUACUAUAUAUGCUCUCAGCAUAUUCAAUCUACCCCUCCAAGAUAAUGUUAUAUUCCCUCUGGAUUUAAUUUGAUUUUGAAGGAUUUUAGUAUAGUACUUAUUUACCCAUGUAUUUAUAUCAAAGUUAAUCAUAGUUUCAAGAUAUUGAAUAAAUCGAGAAGACCAAUUGAAUCUAUAUUUUUGUUUAAGAAAAUUAUCUUGGGUUAAUGAAAGAUUACAAUGUACAGUGCCUUGCAAAAGUAUUCACCCCCCUUGGCAUUUUUUGUGUUGUGUUGCCUCACAACCUGGAAUUAACAUGGAUUGUUUGAGGAUUUGCAUCAUUUAAUUUACAGAAAAUGCCCACAACUUUGAAGAUGUUUUUUUUUUAUUAUUUUUUUGUGAAGCAAACAACUAAUAGGAUAAAAUAACAGAAAAAGUCAAUGUGCAUAACUAUUCACCCCUCUAAAGUCAAUACUUUGUAGAGCCACCUUUCACAGGUCCAAGUCGCUUUGGGUAAGUCUCUAUGAGCUUGCCGCAUCUUACCACUGGGAUUUGUGCUCAUUCAUCCUUGCAAAACUGCUCCAGCUCCUUCAAGUUGGAUGGUUUGCACUUGUGAACAGCAAUCUUUAAGUCUGACCACAGAUUUUCUAUUGGAUUGAGGUUUGGGCUUUGACUAGGCCAUUCCAACACAUUUACAUGUUUCCCCUAAAACCAUUCAAGUGUUGCUUUAGCAGUGUGUUUGGGGUCAUUGUCCUGCUGGAAGGUGAACCUCCGUCCUAGCCUCAAAUCACGCACAGAGUGGUACAGGUUUUGCUCAAGAAUAUCCCUGUAUUUAGCACCAUCCAUCUUUCCCUCUGUAAUGCACCGUUUUGCACACAAGAGGUUAAAAAACGUUUAGGCGAUAUUCCCCUUUACAGAUGCACGGACAGCUACUGCAAGCACCAAUCUCCCGAACUGCAAACUACACGAAUCCUCCAACUCCCGAACCGGAAACACACGAAUACUGGAAACAGCCGAACAGGAAAAGCAUACAAUCAGCUUACACUCCUGGCAAUCAGCAUACAAUCCAAUUCCCCCCAAGAACAAGACGACACUUUUUGAGGGUCAAGCUGAAUCUGGUUUACUGGGGCUACCUGCCGGGCUUUUAUGCAGGUCUCCCACCUGGUGGACACCCCCCUUAUGGUUAUGAUAGAUUUGAUGGUGCUCCUGGGGAUCAUCAAAGAUUUGGAUAUGUUUUUAUAACCUAACCCUGACCUUGGUCUUCAUGGCAGCGUUUGGUUAGUGGUGCCUCUUGCUUAGGUGUUGCAGCCUCUGGAGCCUUUCAAAAAAUGUGUGUAUAUGUAAUGACAGAUCAUGUGACACUCAGUUGCACACAGGUGGACAUCAUUUCACUAAUUAUGUGACUUCUAAAGGUAAUUGGUUGCACCAGAGCUUUUUAUGGACUUCAUAACAAAGGGGGUGAAUACAUACGCACAUGCCAAUUUUCUGUUUUCUAUUUCUAAAAAAUAGUUUGAUGUAUAUAUUUUUCUCAUUUCACUUCACCAACUUAGACUAUUGUGUUCUGAUCCAUCACAUACAAUUCAGAUUAAUAAAACAUUGAACUUAAGGCUGUAAUGUAACAAAAUAGGUAAGAAGUCAAGGGGGGUGAAUACUUUUGCAAGGCACUGUAUAAUCUGAGUUUUUUUGUAAAUUGAUUUUGUAAUUAGAAAGAUGAUUAAAGUCCUUAAUACAAUCCAUUGCUUUAGAAAUGGAAGUCUCUGGUUGAGUAAGAGUUAAAAUGUUGUUGUCUGUGAAUAGUUAUUUUUAGUUCACUGCCCCCCUUUACAAUUCCUGAACUAUUAACUGAUAGUCUAAUAUAUGCUGCUUAUAUAUGCUUCUAAAGGUUCGAUAGAAAGAACGCACAUCAGAGACGUCAAUGGGCACCCCUGAUGUGUACCGUUCUUUAUAUCAAACCAGUGUGAAUUCAAACCGUUACCAAAUACUUUAGAUUUAGGAUAUGUGUAGAGUGGCAUUGCUAGAUCUUUAAAGAUUCCUUCUAUUCCAAAAACUGUUAAAGUCUCAUCUAAAAAUGUCCAAUUCACUCCGUUGAAUGCCUUUUCAGCUUCGACGGCUAUGAAAACAGAUGACAAAUGAUCUUUAUUUAUCUUCAGUGUUAUAUUGGUGAUCUUUCGAAGGUUAUCACCCCCCAGAUCUUGCUUUUACAAACCCUGAUUGAUCAUUGUUAAUUACAUCAGGAAUAACUUUACGAAAUCUGGUUGCUAAAAUAUUUGAAAGAAUUUUUAUUUCCAAAUUUGUAAGCGAGAUCGGACGGUAACUAGUGAUAAAAUGGGGAUCUUUCCCUGGUUUGGGAAUGACCGAAAUUGUAGCUUUUAACAGAUCUAAAGAUAAUUUUUUAGAUGUGUUCAUUUCGGUAAAAAUUUACCAAGUCUAAAUUAGAGGUUCAAAAGUUUUAUAAAAAAGGGCAGUAAAGCCUGGGCCAGGAGCUUUUCCAUUAUUUAAAUUAUUUAUCACUAUCUUAAUCUCUUCAGUUGUUAUGCCUUUCUUUAAUUCUGCCAAUUUUUCAGAUUUUAUUAAAGUAAGGGAAAUUUUAUUUAAAAAUUAUUUUAGCUCUAUAUUUUAAACUUUAACUUCUGGUAAAUUAUAUAAGGAAGCAUAAUCAUUUUUUUUAUUAGUUUUUCCCCCCCAGAUUUAAGUUUUUUAGAAAGUAAUUUCGCUUGUUAUUGCUACUUUACCAAUUCUGAUUAAAAGAUAAAAUAUUUUUUAACUCUAUCUGUAAGUAGUUAAUGUAUCUGUAGUUGUGUUUUAUUUGAUUAGCUAAUAACCCAGAAGGAAAAUUAUAAUUAUACAGAAAAAGGAUUCUGAUUCCAAUCCUGCGCACUCGCUUACUCACUAAACAAUGAUUUCAAAUCUCACAUAUUGUAAGAGUUUUAUUUAAAAACACCUCACCUAGGCAAAAAAUGAUGGGGGUUUAGUUACAUUAUAUGAUCAUAAGCCUGCCACAACGUCAAUGUACCCCAUUCUUGGCCGUUCCUACUCUAGCAGCCUAAUGCCUGCCCUUAUGAGAUUAAUCCACUUACUUGGGAACCACUUCCUCCUGGGACUGUCUGCAGGUCAAGGAUAAAUAGGGCAGGCUAUUACUAUUACUAUUCAGCUGCCGAUUUGGUUAAUUCAAAGAGCAUGUGCUGAAAAGUGCUUUGAGACCCACUGGGAGAAAGGCGCUAUAUAAAUACUAGUUAUUAUAUUAUUAUUAUUAUUAUUAUUAUUAUUAUUAACCCCUUAAGGACUGGACUGUUUUUGCGAUGUUGUACAUUUGCGACCAGGAAUAUUUUUACACUUUUGUGGUGUUUGUGUUUGGCUGUAAUUUUCCGCUUUCUCAUUUACUGUUCCCAUACAAAUUAUAUAUUGUUUUUUUCAGGACAAAAAGGGCUUUCUUUACAUACCAUUAUUUAUAUAAUCUCAUGUAUUUUAAUUUUAAAAAAAUACAAAAAUCUGAUGAAAAAUUGAAAAAAAUACAUGUUUUUUGACUUUUACUUGAAAAAUCUUUUACUCAUCUACAAAAGCGAAUGAAAAAACUGCUAAAUAGAUUCAAAAUUUUGUCCUGAGUUUAAAAAUACCUAGUGUUUACGUGCUUUUUUGCUUUUUUUGCAUGUUAUAGGGCUAUAGGUACAAGUAGAAUAUUGCGGUUUCAAAACAUAAAUUUUUUAAAUUUAUCAAUAGUGACAUUGUAACACUAUUAUCUGUCAUAAAUCUCUGAAUAACACCCCACAUGUACAUAUUUUUUUUAAAGUAGACAACCCAGGGUAUUCAAUAUGGGGUAUGUCCAGUCUUUUUUAGUAGCCACUUAGUCGAAAACACUGGCCAAAGUAAGCAUUCAUAUUUGUUUGUGUGUGAAAAAAGUAAAAAAACUAAAUUGAACGCUAAUUUUGGCCAGUGUUUGUGACCAAGUGGUUACUAAAAAAGACUGGACAUACCCCAUUUGCAAUACCUUGGGUUGUCUUCUUUUGCAAAUGGUAUGCCAUCAUGGGGUAAUUCUCAUUCCUGGGCUACCAUACGCUCUCAAAGGCAACGUAACCAACCUGGCCAUUUUCAAUGUAAAAAUAUUUGACCCAUAUAUUUGACCUUGUAACUUUCAAAAAUGCUAUAAAACCUGUACAUGGGGGGUACUGUUUUACUCGGGAGACAUCGCUGAACACAAAUAUUAGUGUUUAAAAACUGGAAAACGUAUCACAACAAUUAUAUCAUCAGUAAAAGUGCUGUUUGUGUGUGAAAAAUGCAAAAAAAGUAACUUUCACUGACAAUAUCAUCGCUGUGAUAUGUUUUACUGUUGUGAAUCACUAAUAUUUGUGUUCAGCGAAGUCUCCCGAGUAAAACAGUACCCCCCAUGUACAGGUUUUAGGGUGUCAUAGAACGUUACAGGGUAAAAUACAGUGCUAGCAAAUUAAAUUCUCUGGAAUUUCGGCCUGGGUUGGCAGGCAGGUCCCUCAAAUUGCAAUCAAUAAAAUGACUGAAUUAUGUAAAAAUAUUACAUAAAUACGCACAUAGAAUUUAAAUAUAUAUGCAUAUUUAUAUAUUUGAAGUCUACGUGUAUAUUUAUAUAAUUAUUUAUGUAAUUUUGUAUAUGGACGUAUGUAUAUUUCUUAUUAUUUUUAUUUAUAUAUACAUAGAUAUAUAUACAAAUUCAUUCUAAGUGUAUUUUGAUAUAAAUAUAUAUAUAUUAAUUUUAAAAUACAGUUAGAAUAAAAUUUCAUAUAGCUAUAUAAUUUUUUUUUAAUUUUUUAUUAUUAUUUAAAAAAAAUUUAAUUUAAUUUAAAUUACUUAUUAUUUAUAUUUUAUAAUAAUAUAUAUAUACAAUAUAUAUAGUUAUUAUAUAUAUUAUAUAUAUACGUGUGUAAUUUAAUUAUAAGUGUAUUUUAUAUUAAUAUAAGUACAUAUUAAUAUAAAAAUACACUUAGUAUGACAUUAUAUAUAUAUGAUAUAUAGACAUAUAUUAUAUAGAUAUAAUAUAUGUCUAUAUAUCAUAUAUACACAUAUAUAAUUAUUUUAUUUUUUUUAAUUAACACUAACUUUAUUUUUUUUUUCUGAUUUUACACUAGCAGGGAGACUGACUGCCUGUCAGCACAGACAGUCCCCCUGCAGGCAGACAAAUGGACACCUAUUGUGACCAUGUGAUCGCUGUGUUAAGCGAUCACAUGGCCACAGGGGUCCAAAUCUGCCGUGGGGAGACUGUCUGGGCUGCAGGCAGUCUCCCCACAACCGGAGGAACACUGAUCGCCGCCGGGGGAACGACGGCGAUCAGGUAAGUACCCCCAGACCGUUAGGACGGUUCAGGACCGUCAUCGGUCCUCAAGGCAAAAAUGCCGAUGACGGUCCUGAACCGUCCUCGGUCCUUAAGGGGUUAAAGUUGCUGUUUAGUGUAUGAGUGAGUGUGCCGGAUCUUGUGUAUUGUAUAAAUCGUCCCCAGCAACACCCCAUUUAUGCAUGUUCAGGUGAGUGCAGCCCUCUGGUUUCAUAUAUUGGAAGGCCAUUUGGCCCGAAUUUGUGGGAGGAGUUAUGACCCUUAUUUAAACUCCUACCCUGCUACUUACCUUUGCCGUUCAAGCUGUUUGUCACUUCCAGUCCGUAGUUCCCGCCAAAAAUUCCAGUCUCCAGCAAGCAGUUUGGCGCCAGCAGCUCUCCUGCCUCCGACCUCCGUGCCCGCCAACCGGCUUCUAUCUGACAUCACUACCCAUUACCUGGCUUCCGGUCACGAGACCGGCACAUCCAUGAAAGCAUAAUAUGGGAACGUUCAGGCCUAAAAACGUGGAGAAAGGCUCCCUUCAUUAUAUUUACCCGUUUGUGCACAUUCACCGUUCGUGUACUUCUGCGUUUGUGCGGCUAACAGCUGACCGCAGAGUACACACACCUAACAGUAACAGCCGACCGCAAUAUAAAUGGCUUUUGUUUAGUCUUUCGUAUGCUCCAUUAACCAACUGCAGGUAUUUCUUUUCUGCUUACAGUCCUGGAGGGGACUCCAGUCCUUAUUGGGGUCCCUCAACUUCGCAAUGCGUAUCAUUCCACAGGGUAGGUCUUUUGUCUCUAGGCCACUUAAUUUUCUCCACGGGGUUCCCGACUCCUGCCCAAUCAUUCUGGACGAUGCAGCCAGGGCAGAUUUACACAUGUGAAGUAGAUUUUUGGCCGACUGGAAUGGGAUCUCUUUGUUCAUUCCCCCACUUUCAGAGUACUCACCUUCAAUUCACACAGACGCAGCAGCACACAGGGUUCGCAGCCAUUUUCGGCAACCACUGGUUUAGGGAUGACUGGCCCACUGAGACGGAUGCCUUGCUGGCCUUUAGAGAGACUUCUACAUUGUUUGAGUUCUACCCCACUGUGGCGGCCGCCCAUACAUGGGGUCAUCUCUGGACCAGCAAGGCAGUUAAAUCCUACUCUGACAACUCCGCAACUUUCGAUAUCAUUAACAAAGGUCGGUCAUCCUCGCUAACCAUUAUGAGGCUGAUUCGCAGGCUGACGGCUGACUUGGCUGGCAGCAACCUCUCAGUUCUAUCUAGUCUGCAUUCACAUUCCUGGUGUUCACAACACAGCCGCUGACGCUCUUUCACGCUCUCAAUUUAAGGUCUUCUUUCAGGCACUCCCUACGGCCCUCCACCUACUAUCCAGGAUACCACCAUUCCAUGAGCUAAUCCUGGACUAAGCACAGAAUUACACCACGCACAGGCACUCACGCUCCACGCAGUUCACCCAACUACACUAUCACUCACGCUAGGGCACUGAAUUUUGUAACAAGCUCACAAGCAGAGUUUUACUUGAAAGGAACAUUUACAGUAAAAAUAUGGUGAUUUUUGCCUCCUCCUUUCACCUACACCUUAAAGUUACUCUAUACCAGAAAUCUCUACCUUUACCAGCAUACGUCCUCACAACCACGUCCUCACAACCUGCCCUAAUCAUGAACCAUUCUUAAACCUCCUACUCUGACACUCCACUAUUACGUCUCCAAGGGCACCCACUCAUUAUCAGCCAAAUUCAUUAUUUCACGAUAGAACCGUACCAUCUAGGUUGAGCUACAACCUGGCUUCCUUCUCUGGUCACUCAUUUCGUAUAGGCGCUGCAUCAACUUCAAGCUCUUACACCCCAGUCCACAUCAUUUAGUGACCAGGACACAGGAAAUCCUCAAUUUAUUUACGUAUGUACCUCAACCAGAGAGGAAGCUCCAUCGAGCCUUUAGUACCCUCGCUGUAUAACUUGCAAUAAAGUGUGUUUACUUUGAAUCCUCUUUUGCCCUCUUUUUAUUACAGGCCUACUCGUACGUUGGUUUCAGGACACCUCAACCAACUUUGCUUCUCCAUCUACAUUCCAUUAUGUAUUAGAAAUUCGGAGCAGAAAUAAAUAUAUAUAUAAUAUAACAUAUUUUUUGCGUAUAUAAACUAAUCUCAGUGGAAUAUGUUAUACUCAUUAAUAAAAAUAGCAUUAUAUAGCUUGUCUUUCUAAAUAUCUAAAAUUGGAACAUUUGCUGGUAAUGCUUCCAUAUGUAUUUUCAUAAUCUCUAUUUGCAAACAGAACUUGCUUGAAUACUGGUACAUUUUAUACUGUUUUUUACAUUUUGAAGUUUUAAACUUUUUUGACAAGAACAGAGUUCUUUGGUGAACUGAAUACAUUAUGUCUCAAUCAUCAGAUUACAUUUUUCCAUGUUCACCAUAUUUAUCUUUACCCUCCAGAGUUUGCACCUUCCUGUGGAUUCACUGACAUUGUGUCUGUCUUUGCCAAUAAAGCUGGUUUGUCUGUUUGUUUUUCUCUCAUUGUCAUACACGCUCCCUUCAUACUAUACAUAAUUCUGUAACCACUAUUUCUUCUUUUUACAGGGUAAGAGUGGUCCAUUAGGUCCCGGUGGCAUUGUGGGGCCAACAGGUAAACUGGUGAGUAUUGCUGCUUCCUCUGUGUGCCCAAAACAGACCACAUUCUACUUCUGAUGCAGCAACACCUCUUACAGGGACCUGGAGCCAAUGAGAGCUUCCCACACAUUCUGCCAGAAUGAAGAUCUAGGAUUUGGUAUUAGGGCCCCCACCUCUCACCCAUGAGUGGAGGCCAGGUGAGGGGAUAAUAGGUCAACCCACCUUUAGUAAUUAUUUUAUAACCCUCACCUGUUACCCAUGGUUGGGGUCCAGGGUGGACUAGGUCCUCCCCCAUGAAUGUUUAAAGUAGUCCGCACCUGAUGUCUACGUAUUCCACUCCGUUAUUUCACAGGCCCCAACCCCAUGGGAUGAUACUUUUCUAGCAACAUGAUGUACGAUGGUCCACAGGUUCAACAAGAAGGAAGCAUAUUGAAGUUUUAAUGAACAUGGAACACAUAAAAAUAUGUUUUUGGCCCAAUGGCCUUGAUCAUGUAUAAAGGAUGCUGUGUACCUAAAAUAUCUAAAAUAAACAAAGCUUAGCGCAAAACACUGUAUAUUCAUGUGUAAAUGUGCCGUGUAAAAAUUGUACUUACAAACUUUACAUGAUUUCAAGCGCCUCAAGAGAUCUUCCCCUUAGAGUUAUGGCAAACCGAAACCCAUGGCUUCCUCUCCGCUUUCCGAACAGGAAUCAGGAUCCAGGUGGGUAGGUAUAAACUUAUUUAUAUUUGUUUAACAGACAGAAAUAAUAAUAACAAAUAGUCUCUGGCCCUACGUGUUUUUAUUCAAUUAGGAACUUCCCCCAGGACCAAAAUGAUAAAAUCACAAUAAAACAAUCUGCAAAAGAAAAAAAUCUGCCUGCCCAUCCCUUUAUUUCUCUCCCUUAAAUAGGACUAAUCCCAAUGCCUACAGGUGUUCCAGGGUGCGUUUCCCCCUAAUUCACCAACCUCUCUCAGACUCCAAAGGUGUUGAAAGACAAUCUCUAUCUUCUGUGCGAUUCCCUCCUUCUCUCACCAGCUGUUUGAGAUCUUUCCCCCGAAAACUUGCUUUUGUGUGCUACACCUACGAGUCUCCAGCGUUCCAUCAUUUUACAUGGUGGUUACUUCCGGUUUGCGUCUCACCGCGCACUUCUGUGCAUUCCACUGGUGGAUCGCAUCUUUAAAGUUCCAGGAGUUCGGAAUCUAAGUUCUCCAAAAUAUCAAUAAGGUGCUUGUACUUCUCUUAAUCUAGUAAAAGAGAAAUCUGUCAAUUUCAUUAUAAUCAACUUGUAUUACUCAAGUGCUUUUAAUUCCAAGACAUCUGGUACAAUGUAUUAAUCACUCCCUAUUUAUAAAGUGUAACAACAAAUGAAUCAUUUUACAUUACCAAAUAUAUAUAUAUAUAUAUAUUUAUUAGAAUUCUAUUUGAGGUCACCAACAGGGGCGUGAUUUUGGAAGGCUGUUAACAAAAGUUAAAUGUUUAAACCUUUUUUGGCACUAAUUGGUGGCACUAAUAACAGUUUAAAUACCUGUCAUUUUGGAGCCAAAAUUGAGAGCUCCUCCCAAGGAGGUGUUCAGUUACCACAGUAACCACAGAACAAAAACAGACUACAAUUUUGAAGUCAAAACACUUUUUUUUGGUGUGUUUACUAUGGUAACUGAACACACCUCCUUGGGAGGAGCUCUCAAUUUUGGCUCCAAAACGACCGGUAUUUAAACUGUUCUGUUGUACUUGCAUCCCUUAUACAUGAUUAUGGCCAUUGGGCCAAAACCUAUUUUUAUGUGUUCUACGUUCAUUAAAACUUCAAUAUGCAUCCUGUCUGAAUCCCAUACCUAUCCCCCGGAGUGCCACACCACAUUUAUUCUGUACGAUGAUCAUCUUAUGCUUCAAUGUUAUAUCCAUUGUUAUCAUACUAAUCUGCUGUCUUCACGUAUGAUUUGUUAAAUUUGGAUGGAUAAUUUAGGCUACAUAAUAUUGCUUUCAAAUCUGCAUUAUUUGCACAUGAAGUUUGAUGUACGUGCCCGGUGUACAUUGGACUGUAUGCCUGGUACAUAUAUGUGUGAUGGCUCCAUGGACCUCGUUUGUUACCCUAGUAUUUGAGGUUAAUUGCAGAAAGCAAAUCGUUCAUUUGAAUGAUGCAUGCAUUUUAUUUAUUUUAACUUGUGUUUGGCCUUAUGCUUAUUUUUAUUGAUAGUAAAAUGCUUUGAGAUCUGCUUUAGUAUUUAAUAAUUGCCAUGGACAUGGCAUGUGUCUAUUCCUCUGGAAUAAAUGGACAGUUAGAUUUUCUCUCUUUAUACAUGGCUGACAAUGGUUUUACAUUUUGUAUGAUAGCGGCAGCCAGUAAAAUUUAGCGUGUUGCAAAGUAACCUUAGCAUCACCUGUCAUUCACUAUGGUAGCAAAAAACACUCAGCUUGUAGGACUGUCCAGUAUGGAAACAGCUGGAUGUAGCGAACAUCUGUGAAUUCAAUUCUAAUGAAGAGUAUUCUCUGUAAAACUUAACGAGAGCACUGGAAAUGAGCCCUGUGGAAAUGUUCUGGUCAAGCACAACACACAGUAACUUUCGUGCCUUUCAAAUGAUGUUAUAAUAUCUCAGAAAAAACAUUAUUUUUAUCUCACUUAAUGAUUAUAGAUAAAGAGACAUUUAUUGAUCUCACUGAAUGCCAUUUGUUUCUUUUUUUCCUCAGGGAAAUAAAGGUGAAAAAGGUUCAAAAGGAACAAUGGUAAAAUUCCAACACCUUCAAUUCAUUCAUAAUCUAAUAACUGUGACUCCAAAUUAA